GCGUCGCUGCGCACGGUUGAAGCCACCACCACCACCGCCGCCGCCACUCCUUCCUCUCCAGGAACAACUCUUUGUUUAAAGCCUUCUCCUGCAGGAAAUACGGAAUUUGGGUGCGAUUGAAGCUCACUUCAAGUAAAGGCCAUGGCGUCAAGUUAAUUUAAACCCAAGCUUUGUUUGACUGUGGGAUAAUCGUGCAGGAUCUGCAACGGAUACACUGAUACUCCUGCGUGCGGACAGGGGAGCUCAAAGGAUCUUGGUGGAUGAUUUUAAAUGUUUACCAGCUUUAUCAGAGUAUUUACUGCUGCUAACUGCAAGGUGGGUCAUUAAAAAGUGCAGAUUUUAUGUAAUUUAAUUUAUGGUGGCUGUGGACUGAUGUGGUUUGAAAUCAACAGGAAAGCACAUUUGUGGAGUCGAUCAAAAAAGGAGUGAUGCCUACGCUGCAUGUGCGAGGCGUGAGCUCUCAUAUGAUCUCUUAAAAGUUCCACUAUAUAUAUAAUUUUUAACGACUAAUGUGAAAAGUGUGUAAUACGGCAGACUUUAUUCCCUCUACAAUACGCCUCAGUGGUGCGUCUUCUCUUACGCGUGGGAUGUAGUUUGUAGUGUCCUCAAAUAGAAAUGUACCCUGUGUUUGGAUUACGAGUUUUACUGAGAGUUAAGGCUAUAUGAUGCUGUGUAUUCAAAAAUAAUCCAACCACACUGAUUGAAUUUACACAUCUUAUCCCCCCUCCUCAUGCCACUUCUCAUGAUUUACAAUCCCAGGUAUUCUUAUAAAUGUAACGUGGUUAAUGUUCAUGCCCUCAUAACUCAAAGCUCAGUCACGCUUUAUUUUGGUGAACGGUCUUGCUUUGGAGUUGUGCCUUCGGGGCUCAAUGUGGAACUUGAUCUUAAACCCUGACUGAUAGUUUGACCUCAGACUCAGAUCCACGUUUACGAGUAAAUCGGAGCAGUGCGUGGAUAAUUACAGCAGAGCAGGCUCGCUUAACGCGUCGUAUUGUCUCCAAACGUGGCACAGCGUUAUUUCUUUGUUUUUACGCUGGCAUUGCGCACAGCUGUGGCACCUUUUGGACGCUCAUAACUUGGAGAGUCUAUUAUGGGGAUAUGAUUAACUUCAGCUCCUUUUUUUGUUGCUGAUAAAAAGCAUGCUGAUGCGCUUUGUGCGUGCACAACCAGUGCGCGCAGGACGAGAAUUCCCCCUUCUAUCUCUCCUGAGCGUAGAUUCUGUACAAGGUAUUGGCAGAGCACGUUUUGCAUGAGACAUUUUAUUUUGCCAUGCACGAUUUGCAUGAGAGUUAAGGCUCGACAGAGAGUGGCUCCUGCUGAUUCUCCCAGCUGGAUGGAGUCUCCAUUCAGGCUGUUUCCCUGAUUGUACACAGAAGCAGGCAAGAAUAACUGUGGGCGGUUAGGAAACGCACUGUAAAAUGAGAGACCGAGCAGAAACCACAGUAGCAAUGAUGACAAUUCAAUUCUGAACCAGUUGACUUUCUUCCCAGACUCCAGCAGCUCUGUCUUUUUUUUCCCUUCAGGUAACUUGGUGUUUAUUGUGCACCAUGAUGAAAUUACACAGUCAUGCAUUUCCAAACAUUUGCCGUAAACAGUUGCGUAAAAUUAGAUCAAAUCUUCUUUUUCCAUUGAACUCUAUGAUAGACACUUUUUAAAGAUUUUCUCAUGUGCAGCUCAGUGGCAGAGGAACUGGCCACUGUGGUCAGUUUGUGAGAUGGAAGUUCAAGCUCAUUGUCUGACACUCAUCCCUCUGUUUCCCUCAGCUCCUGGGCUCUUCCUCCUCCUCCUCUCUGUUAACAUACAGAGGAAUAAUGUUGUGGGACAAACUGUGCUGGCUGCUGGCCCUGCUGGCCCUAACAUACGGGGGGCUGCCCCCCUCCAACGAGCCCCUCUCGGCUCCCAGAAUCUUCCUGUCCUUCAAAGGUAAGGCACUCACACCGCCGCCUGGUCUGUGACCCACUUUAUGCAGCUUUUGUGUUCCUCUGCAGAUAUGUUGAUUUAAAAUCGAGUCUGAUGGUCAGUUAAAGUCUUUAAUUUCUUUUUUGUCCACUUGCUGGAAUGGUUCAAAUUGGCACUAGCUAAAUAAAGGACUUGGCACAUAGUUCCUCACCACUUUACAGAGAGUUUGAUUGUGAGGAGUGAUGAGAGGGAAUGAGGAAAUGUGCUCCUGAUUGCGCUGAAUAUUCAGGGUCAGAGAAUGGGUCUUCGUUUAAUCGCCUGGCUGCUAUUAGUCGCCCAAAUAGGCCUUUGUGUGACCUCGGCUCCCUUCUGAAAUCAAGUCAGAUUUAACACUUGGCUGGGCACACACUCAGGGCGCAGAUCCAGCAUGUUAUGAAUGCUUGCCGGUGCCACAUGAGACCCUGUGUGUUGAACUGUCCUGUUAAAAUAGGUCUCAGCGGUGCAGUGUCCUGUUCUUUGUCAUUUAGGUGCUGGGGUGGCUGGUGUGCAUAAGUUGUCAUACUUUUAUAGAACCGUUUAGAAGCCUUAAGCAUCUGGGUUGAGUUUGCAGCCAUUGAUACUGGCGUCUUCUCAGCAAGAAUGGAAAAUCAUGUUUUCAUUACCUAUAUGAGCAUUUUCAUGUCUAUUUUCAUGUCCGUUCCUGUAUGUAAAUGAUGAAACCCUCUGUCAGUGAUCAUUUCGCCUCUCUUGCUCCAUCUCAGAUCUGUUUGUUUUUGCCCUAUAAAAUCCCAUCUCUUCCUCUGCAUCUCUAUUGGAGUUGGAUUUCACCCUCCACUGGCCUCACAUUUACUGGGUAGAAAAGAGUUCAUUUAUUUUCUACAGCUUUUUAAUUGAGUUUCUUUUUGUUUUUAAUUAGUUUCUGGGGUUACUUUAUGCCUCAAAGAGCAGCUUCAGAUAGCCGCAGACUCAAAAUGCACCUUGGCUGUGCAUUUGCUAAUUGUAUUGGUAUUGCACCGUUCUGCUGGGAAUAGCUCUGUAAUGUGCUUUUAUUAAUUAUUUAUGUGCCAGUGAACUUAACCAAAUAAUAGGCUUUGAGGUUUCUGUUGAGUGCUGGCAUACAGAUUGGUUGUUAUCAGUGCUGUAUGAGUAAAAAAGAAAAAAAAAUCCAUCCAAUUUUCAACAAGCAUUUAUAUUUAGAUGAUAAAACAAGACGUGGAAACAAGCCUGAAGUGUAGGCGGCCGACUCUAGCAGCUUUCACGAUGCAUUGUUCUUGAUUUUGCUUCUGUCUGUGACCCAGCUUCACAUGUUUUUCCAUUGAGGGUUACACACUAUGACUUCUUGCUGAUUAUUUGCAUUUUACAAAAAGAGAGAAACACAAGAUGAAGCGCUGCUAUUUGGCUGAAAUCCAACAUUUUGACACAAGAAAGCCAACACUUUUUCUUUGUUUUUUUGAGUAUUUGCCUUCCAUUGAAGCAUCAGGCUUACAAAUAUCAUGCAUGCGUAGACACAUCUCCCCAAAAGAAGUUAAUAAUAUCUUGCUUGAUAUGUAUACAGUUUAAGUACACUGCACUUCAGUGCGGCCAUCUCCUGUAAACACUCCCAUUGAGAUAUCAUCUCCAGACACUAAUAUUUAUUAAUAUCUAGAUACUGCCAUUGAAUUUAAGCUAUUGUAUGUAAAUAUUUUACUUUAGGAGCAUGUUUUUCUGCACUGAGUGGAUUAUUAUGCGUAAAAAACAUACACAAUUGAAUAAUUUGUAACAUCUUGCAGACAAAUACACAUCUUAAAUCUUAAUUUCUAGCCCAAAGUAUAAGAAAGUUCUUCACUUUUGUUGACUGAGCAAUUGUUUCUCUUAAUUUUGUGUAAAACUGGAUCGAUUGAUCAUACUUUCUUUCGUUCAUCAUUCACUUACUGAUGUGGAGUAAACUUGUAAUUUUCACCUGAGACUCAUGUUUGCAUGAUUUUCAAAAAUAUAUAUUUAUAUCCACUGAGAAGGAUUUCGAUAAUUGAAAACCUUAAAAACAUGGGGCUAACAAUGUAAACAACCAUAAGCAAGCUAAGCUGAUAAUUUAGUCUUUUGUGGUUCUCAAAGUAGCUACUGAGUGUGUUAGUGCAAGACAAGCUGAGUUAUUAACUGUGAUAAGGACCAAGAAAGUAAACAGAGGCUAAGACCAAAGGAAUGUCCACACAAAGCUCACAGGGAUAGAUUAUCAACCAGGACUUCAAAAGGCAUGUGAAAUACACACACACACACUCACACACUUAAAAACACAGGUCUGUUUUCAGUGUGUCAAACUUACUGGUAACGUCUUUGUUUUUUCAACAAAGUUGCACGCAGUUUAGAUGGUGGAAAUAAAAUUGAAGAGAGUUUUUUAGAGGCGACAAAAGAAAACAAAAGGAUUCUGUAGGUGUCUCCUCUCUCAUGAAGACUGGACGCUGCAGGCUCAGAUCAGCUGCUGAGAACUCCUAUAUUUACUUUCAACAAGGUCUGUAAUCACAUGCUAUUUUAGUGCGUGGGGCUCGGUGAGGUUGUGACCCUUUAAACAGAAGCCAGUCACACCCGAGGUUAACUGCCCUCAAACUGUGGGAGAAUGGCACCAUAUUAACAAGUAAUAGCUUGUUAAGCUAAUCCCAGAGUCCAUUUGAAAGUGUUUAACUUUGUUUUCCUUCAACCCCUUCAGUCCCCCCUUUGGAGCAACACCUGGGUACAAGGUUAGCUCUGGGAAGAAAGCCAGGCAGGGCUGUAAUUGGACUAAUUCUCAGGGACAAUCCUAAGGUUACUCCAGCCUUUGCCCUUUCCCUGACAGUCUUCAUUGUUCUGCAUAAUGGGAUGAUGAUUGUCACAGAGAAGAAGAAAGAAUUCACAAUCAGCUCAUCUCUCCCGACAGUUCUCAGGGUUAAGAUCAGGAAUGACAACAUGCCCUCCACCUCUGUUCUUUGAAUUAUUAAUUAGGAGCUGCUCCUGAGUUUGAACUUUACUUCAACAAUAGACUCAAUUUCCCACAGAUUAUAUUCUAUAGGCAGAUUUAUGUGUAUGUACAGCACAAGAAAAGCCCUUUGUAUACCUCGAGUCAUUCCUCUCUGCUGGAGGUCCUGUAUUGUAUGGUGUCUCUCCUUAAAGGGAAAGCGUUAUAGUCAAAGUAAGGGAUGAGAUAUGACGGUUUUAAUUUAGAUUGUUUCUCUGUUUUAUCUGUAUGCAACUCAACCUGUCUUCAUUCUUUAAAUAUGAUUAUGAAUCUCAAUGCAUAGCAAAAAGCUUCUGUGAAGACUCAAAGCAAUCAAGUCUGAACAAAUCAAUAAGCUGCUGAAACUCAAAGCUAACCUGUCGACUAGCCAAGCAGGAUGGAUCUGACUGGGCACUUUAGCCCAGACAAUGCAAUAAUCCCACAUAUGAGAAAGCCUACAAAGUCACUAUAGGUAAAUUAUGCAAACACUUUGCUCUGAUCUUUCUCCUCCAAAUUCAAACAAAAAGACUGGAUAUAUCUGCUUAUACACAUACAGCUAUGAUUUUUUUAUAAGAUUCAUGGUAGGGAUGCACUUAUCCGCUUUUUUCACCUCCGAUACAGAUAGUUUAGUCUUGGGCGAUACCGAUCCAAUUCUGAUACAGAAAAGCCGCGCUGAAUUACCUUCUGUUGUAACCUGAAGUUUUACCACUGCCAGCAGGUAUUGCAAGUGGCCGUCGAGCUUGUAGGCUGAGGUAUUGUGAUAAAGUUCGAGACAGCAGACCCCUUUGCUCGCUCCAUUUUAAAAACAAUGUGGGCAUCAGCGUGUUUACUUGUGGAUGCCACUAGCAUAGCAUAGACUUAGACUGAAUAGAUCAGCCCCUAUGGAUUGGGCCCAUUGUCACAAUACCCGAUCUAGAAUUUUCUUCGGUAUGGGGACCGAUACCGAUAUAAAAUAUCAGAUCAGUGCAUCCCUAAUUCCUGGAGCCCCCAAUGCCCCCAAAGUUGCCUUCCCUUUGUUGGUUGAAGUCUCUCCAGUCAGACAAGGGGGUAGGCAGACAUCAAAAGCAUGCUGCCAAAGGCACAGAGUAAUGUCUAUUGCAUGCUGGUAGAUGAAGCAAUGAUGAUCUAUUUAAAUAAUUAUAUUCUUAACAUCUAAUCUAACUCUACCUGUAAACGCACAGAUGCACAAAUAUCCUUAUCAUUCUCAUCUCAAAAAAGUCUCCCCUUCUUCAUCCUGUUUUUUUGUCGAUCUCCAUCCACAACAUAUUAAAGUUAUUAGUGUGGGUGGAUAUUUUCCUCUGCUGCAUUCUCACAGUCAACUUACCCCAGUGUCUUGAGCAAAGUGUUUUACAGGGCUGACAGGAAAAAUCCAAGAUAAAGAUGAAAAUUUCAGCUGUUUGCAUUCAGACACACCUUACUCUAAAAUAAUUGCAUUUUGCGUGUGUGAACACAACUUACGCAGACUGCUAUGAUUGCUAAUGUGAUUGUUAAUCAUCAGGGAGAUGACGCUGACAUUCAGACUGUGAGUUUGUUUUUCUUACUGCCCAGAAACCCUCCCUCAGUUCAGCUAUGGAAUAAUGUCAUUAAUUAGCCAUACCAUCAGAGCACAUUAGGCUUUAUAUUAGCUCAUAUUACAUGCCUCAUUAGAGAUAGUAGACAUAAUGAGAUAUACUGUGUAUCACACAAACUUUUAAAGUCCAAUGGGGGUAAUAAAACUUAGUAUUCUGUUUUAUAGUUGUGCUGCUUUUGUGAUCAAUGUCUGCACAUGUUCUCACACCUUAUCAUUUGGCACACUGAUGAUGGACUACGUUAGGAAACACCUAAACAUUCAGUAUGUGUCUGUCCAAAGUCUGCUUGGAUCAGUCAUUUUUAAUAUUAUUUUUGCCUUUUUAUUUGCAUAACAGAUUCUGGAGUCGGGAGAAAUUUAGGCCUGAUAGUGUGGUAUUUGUCAUGCAGUAUGCAAGAGACCACAAGUCCCAAUCAAGGCCCCAAUCAGCAGCCUCUGAUUGGUCAAAUUAGAAUUCUAGCAUGUUGUAAAUUUGGGGUAGCUUACAGCAUACUCUUGCAUAGUGAAAGCAGGGCUACAAGCUAAUUCCCCAUCACUCCCAUGCUUCUUGUUUGUGCCUGUGCAAAAUGACAGGUAGCUUCUGAGAGCACCAUAGCAAUACGUGAUAUAGUGUGGAUGACUGAAAUUCACAAAUACUCCAAUCGGCCGUAGAUCAUGAUUACCUACUUAUCGCUGUAUUCUCAGACUUCAUCUUCCAUCUGUGGGAGUUACUAACAACUGUCCAGCUCCAUCCUAAAUAUAAGGACCCAGGUCUUAUUGACAGUCAGAUCAUACAGUGUCAGUGUGCACAUCAUUGUAAGUGUUGGCUGUGUGUUUUAAAUGAUUUAUAUGUAUGGUGUGAGUUGAUCUGUGCAAACACACAGAAGUGCAAAUGUUCUGUUUCCAAAGUUUGCGAGGAUAAGAGCAAAUAAAAAUGAGCAGUUUGAGGCUGUGAAAGAAAAGAAGUACGACACUUUCCGUGAAAGGACACAGCCAGGGAUGUGUUUGUUGUUGAAAAACAAGCAGAAAUCAGCAGCGACACUGGUUUGCUGUUUUUUCCACAAGAGCAAAUAAUCAUUUUGCACUGGCUGAAGUCCACUGUGCACAGUCUGAAGCACUCACUCACAGACUGCAUUAUCUAAUCCACAUCCUCUGUGUCCCUCUUGCUACCAGCUGUGCUUGUUUACUGCUUUCCCAGCAGAUAAUCAUCAUCAGUACAUGAGAGGAACAAGUUUGUCACAGCCUCAUACUGUCUCUGUCCUACAUGCAUUCCAGCCCAGAGCAGUUAUGGAUGAUGGGAUGCUUUUAUCUUUCGGUCACAUUGCUGCUCUUUCGUACAAACAGUACUUUUGUGGUAUGCAUUACACAUGCGACAUUGUACCUGUUGGCGAAAGUGUGCAGUCCAGAACCCCCUCCUCUUUUCCCAUUAUCUCCAUUAGAGAAUGUCAAGGCGCUGCAAAAUGUUUCCACAGAGUAAUGUGUGGUGGCUGUGGCACGCAAGCCUGCAGCAAUUAUUACAAUAGUUUGCUACUUUCUCCCGAGAGAUGCAACUGGGGGAUAAGAGGAGGGGGAGUGCAUCCCAGCAACCUCUGCUCUGCAGGAUGCAUGCUGUCAAAGUCUGAUUAUUCAGGAGAGAGAAACAGAAGGCGACAGCUCCUGUGCUAAAUAUAGUGUCCUUCCUGUCUGUUUCUUUCUCUUUUUAUCUCCCUCUCCUCCGCUGCCUUUACUCUACACUCACACCCUCUCUCUAUUUUCUCAGUGAUAAGAGGUUGGCAGUGUCAGGUGAGGCAGGAGAGCACCCAGUAUGCCGCCCACAGCUGGAGCGCGCUGUUUUAGCACACUCCAAAGGCAAAAGGGGUUAGGGGGGUCUCUGAAGUGCCUGGACUUUCCUUGAGUGAAGGCACAGAACAGUGAGGGAGGAGUGGGUGGACAUGUACAACAGAAAGGUUUGGAAUACUAGCUCAGCUUAAGUGCAGUGCUGGAUUAGAUCGCCGGCUUUACUGCGUCUCUGUCAGGCGGCUCUUUCUUCUGUCAUUUCAUAAACACUGUCUCUUCACCCUGACAUGAUAGAAAUGCAUCCAACAUACAAUUCCUUUUAAAUUAAUUGUCCCUAUAUUUUUAUUUUAAUCUUUGAUAAUUAUGUUAACUUUAUCAACUUUAUCAUAGACAAAAAAAAACAGUACAUUGUCAGUCGAGUCCAUUAUCACAUGCUAAGGCGGGACUCUGUUUCACUCCAUACUCCAUCACUGUGUAAACCUCUAAUGACUUGUGGUGGGAGUUUCGGAUAUGUAGAAAACAAAUUUCAUUUAUCAACUUCAGAUUAUGGCUGAGACUGUCAGCAUGUCUGCAGAUUUAUAGAUAGAUUAUGAAUGAAGUUACAACGCUAUGCUAUGUGUGUGUGGGUGCGCACGGUGACUCUCUUAAUGGUGAGACAGACUCAUUAAUCUUCAUGUGGUGAGAUAACUGCAGGUGUCUAAUGAGCUGAAAAAUAACUCUAUAACCCAGAUGGUAUUAAUCAGACCUUUUAUCAAAACUUCGCAUCGUCUUGGACACAGUUUUUUAAUCUUUAUUCUUAGCUUACAAACUGUAAAAUCCUGGCGGUAACUGUCGCUGAACAAGACAGCAUGUGAACACUCAUGCGGGCGAAAACACAUGUCAGCUGUAGCUCAAAGAUGGGGUAGUCAGGAAUCCGUUAAAGAAGCAUUUUUUUUUGUGGUGUAUAAAAAAAAAGCUUUUAAUAUCAGUCAAUAGCUAUUAGUUAUUGAUGACAUUUGGGAAUAUAACGAUAUCGCUAUGUUCUGUUAUGUCUGCGUAGUCAACAUUUUAAUUUUUUUGAGUGGCCUUCUCUUUCUGACUGUAAACAAAGUCAUUCUAAGCCUCCCCCAUCCUGAUUGGUUGUGAGGCGGACACUGCUCCUUAGUGCUGAUUGGUUACAAGGCAGACACUGCUCCUUGGUGUCAUUCAUGAGCCCAAACAAAGUUAGCGUGUUACAAUAUUGGACAGUAGAAACCAACCAGAAAGUACAGAAAACUGUCUGAAUCCUCCUUUGGCCACGACCGCCAACACAAGCAAAAAAAGGAUUUGUAAUUAUCUUAAGUAUUUACCUACAUUAUAUCUUAAUUAAAUUGGAACAAUACAAGUGAGUGCGAGUGACUAUUUGUGGGCGGGGCUUGGUGGAGCAGAGAGCGAGGGUAGAGGAGGAGCUGAGGGGAAAACUGGUUGGAGGGGUAGAGUUUACAUUCAAGAUUUGUCCCAAAAACUGGCACUUCCUCAGAUCCCUCCUACCCCACCUUUAAGUAGUUAGAAUGCAAGUAAAAAAUGUAGUUAAUUUUUUUCAUCCAUACAUCUGAUUCCACCUUUCUAUAAUCGUAGUCCAAAUGCAAUCACUCUUCAAGUCCAGGUUCAAGUCAUCAUUUAACUCGAGUCAAAUACUGGUUUGAGCCUUGGACUCACAUCUGAGCGUUGGACUUGAACCCAGGUCCUGGACUAGAGUCGAAUACAAGUUCUUGGCUUAAGUACUAUAAUUCUGAGGAAUAAAUAAAUAAAGGACUGUCGGAGCACUAGUUGGCCGACUGGUCUAAGCUCCCCAUGAUGACAGUCCCAGAAGCAGCAUUCACUGGUUUGACUCCUGACUGCUACCCUCAGCAUUCCUCACUCUCCACUCCCCACAUGUCUUGUCUCUCUACAGCUGUCCUAUCUAAUAAAAGUCAGCAAAGGAAUUAGGACUUUUACUUUGGGAAACCUGGAUGCUGAUGAAAGCCCAUAUCUCUUUGUAACCCGAGACCAUCCAUUUAAAAAGUUCCCUACCAGAGAUCUCACAUGUGUGUGCAUCAUGGUUUACUGCUCACUCUGGAUGCCUUUGCUGGAUAAAUAGCUCUUCCGGUCGCCUGUCUGCUGUGUAAAGAGGGGCAGCACUCAGCAGGGGUGAAAGACAGACACACACCGAUGAAAGCGUGCUUUUGUGUGCGAGUGUGUAGGUGAGUGUGUAAUCAGCACAUCCUGGUGUCUCUUUGGUCUUUGCUGCAGCCAAUUUUUCAGAUCGAAAUGUGGCAGGCAGGAUAAAAAUAGACAUCAGCCAGAGGGAAACAUCAGAUAAAUGUCAUGUUUGUCUCAUCUUUGAAGGCCUUGAUUGGCUUGAUUGAUGUACUUUGCACCGUUUUAAUUGAACUUAGAGGCACAUAACUCAGCAGGUUAUUGGAGGGGGUCUAUGAUCAUCCUUACCUUUUGCAGAGGAAGAGGAGGGUGAGUUAGGUGAGGAGGAUGGUCGUUGUUGUCGUCUGAGACGGGAUUGGAGAGGGAGAUUUAAAAUGUUUAUUACUGGAGGUGGUUUUCUUCAGAUUCAAAGUGACAGGGAGGAAUGGGAGAAAGUCUUUUAAAAUUUAUGUCAAACCCAUGUGGUUACAUCGCUUUUGUUUGUUUGUGUGUGUGUUUUGGGUGUUUGUGUGUUCAGAGCAGAGCCUCUGCAAAGCUCUAAAAAUGUGACACCGCUUUAGUUUGGUUGCCAUGGCAGCAUCUACCUGUCACUCCUCACAAACUCCUCAGCAGAGGAAAGGUGGGAUGUAAUCACAGCGCUGAGCUUAUUUCCCCUGAUGUCUGCUCUUUCUCUCUCUUCUGCUUGCAGGAAAAAAAAAAACCUGGAGUGAAGCUGCAUCAAGGCUUCAAGGUUUAGUUAAGACAAAUAAGCAAAUGAAUUAGCUUAAACAACAGAGUCUUAAAGAGGCUGCAGUGUGAUCUUGUAAAGUUGUCGGGAAGAGUAGGAGAGUUUAUUGAACAGUUUAGUGAAGGAUCGGUUGUUCUAUGUAGAUAUGUUCUCCAGAUGUUGCAAGGAAGUGGGAGAGGGGAGUCCUUGGAGGGGGUGGAGUGGGUUGGGGGGAUCCAGCCCUGACUGAAAUUAAGGAGACAGCAGGUCAAGGGCACCUCUCCACUUGUUUACCCAGACAGCUAUCAUUCAUUAUCAUUUGUCUGUCAGUGUCCAGAUCCUGUUACAGCUCUGCCGUGACCUCGAUCAUGUGGUUGCUGUUGUGAACACUUGGGGUGGGAAACGGCUCUGAACACACACUCUGUCAUGUUUUGGUGCAUAAGUGGACUGAUGGUGUGUUUGUUACAGUUACUUUGACACAUAGAUGGACCAGAUACAGCUUUAAAAAAUGACUUCUUUUGUUUCAGCUCAGCAGUGUAGAAUCUGUCUUCACUCUCUUUUUACGCAAUUUACAGUAUAUUUAUCAUGAUAUCAGAUUAUAGGGAACACACAAUUCCCUCAGUGCGUCUGCUUACACAUUGGGAACAUACGGUAAAAAUGCAAAGUUGUUGCAAAAACUCUUGAGUCCAAGUAACAUCUGUAAUAUCCGCAUGUAGCACGCCAAAAAGGAAGAGAAACUGUUGUUCUUAAAGUAUGAAUCAUUCAACUGAUUCAUCAAACACAAAAAAAUAUAUCUGGCACCAGCUUUUCUUCUGUCUGCCAAGUCUUUUGAAUGAACAAGGGAAACAUUUUCAAUCAAAUCUCUGGUUAAGUUUUCUGAUUCACUAUUUCCAGACUCAAUUCUGCUUACAUGAUUGAAAUAAAAAAAACUUUUUGACUGUUUGUUGGACAAAAUGAAAAGUUUGGAGAUGUGAAAUCUCUUUUUUGUGACACUACAAAGGAUACAUCAAGGAAACAGACUGGAUAAUUUUUCAUUUAGAUAAGCAUGUGGUAUGGUCUGACAUAUGUAUAUUCUUACUCCAAAGACUUUGUUUGAUUAUAUGACUGUAAAACCCUGAAUAUGAUUUGGAAUUUAUUAGAUACAGACUAUUUUGGGGGGUUUUCAGAGGGUAAAAAAAGUUUAAAAUGUCUUACUGUAUGAUGACUUAUUGGGCUCCCCAAGGUCCACAAUGUUUCUGUGCAACUAGUUGACAUCUGUUUUUGCUAUCCUGUCAUCCACUGGCAUAGUAGUUAAGCUCACCUUCACGUAAUUCUGAUAGUUGGUACAGAGUCAGCCCCACUGUCUGGGACCAGUUCAUCCUAUAGACUAACAUCACCCAUCUGCAUAAGUCAUUGUAGUUUAAAAUGGAUAAAACAGGCAUAAAAAAUAUAUAUAUUUUAGAUGGUAUGCCACUGUAUUCUCUGAAUGCACGAUUGCAACUUAUCAAAAGAUGCUGCUAAAAAAGUGUCAGCAUCAAACAAGUCUGUCUUAACCCUUUGAUGCGCAACAUGGGUCAAAAAAGACCCGGCUGAGUUUAAAUUUUAUACAUCUUCUCAAAAAAUUAAUUCCAUCAGUCGGUACUCAAGGAAUUCCUCAAUUAACUUGUUUUUGACGACCCUACAUCCUUAUGUUAAUUUUUAUUUUUUUACUUUAAGAAUAAAAACAGUUUUUGUAUCACUACCCCUCUAAUGCACAACAUGGGUCUAAAAUGACCCGUAUCCAUUUUCAAUGUUAUUUCAUGUAUGGCUGAGUGUUUCUAUGGUAUAUCUUUGACAUAAAUUAAUUUUAUCAUUCACUAUUCCAAGUAUGCAGUAAAGAUCUUGUUUUAGUUGAGCACAAAUAAUCAUUUUUAUUUUUCCUUUCUUACGUUAUGAGGAAGCACAGAUUUUGUAUUUCUACAUCAAGUUUACAUACAUGGGUCAGAAAUGACCCACAUACAGUGACUGUAGCAUUUAGCAUGAAAAGACCGUCUAAUACAUGUAAGUAUUGUUUUUCAAUUGUUCUGACAUUAUCUUAGAAAUUAUUGGGUGACAAUUGUGAAAUAUAAUUGUACAUAGAUUUGAUUUGAUUAGGUUUAGGUUACCUUGAGAGUGAGGACAUUACAUGUUGGAAAGUUACACAGUUACAGGUAAAACAGCUAGCGUUAUUUCAGCUAGCUAUAAUCAGACGCAUGUGUAUAUAACAAAAUGACAAAUAAACAUGUUGCUGAUACAAAAUACAAAAGUGUUUGGCCCAUAGACUGUAUAAAGAAUGGACAGAGUCUGCCUCCUCGCUGGGUGAAGCUGAGAACAGCACCCCCUGUUUACAGGCUGCAGUAUAGGUCAUAAAUCCCGCCUCCGCCAGCAAACCUUAUGGAGCUGUGGACAAACUUUAGAAAAUUAUUACACAGUACAUGAAUUUUUCUCCCCCCUGCUUGUGAUGUUGACAUGUAGUUAUUGAAAGACUGAUUUGUGCUCAAGUCCUCUUUUUUCUGUACAGCUCUGUUUUUAAAAGUUAUUAGGGGGUUCAUGUUUUCUAUGAUUGACACCUGCCAUAGACUGUAUAUAGAAUGGACGCCGUCUGCCUCCUCGCUGGGUGAAGCCACUCCAAGAACAGCACCCUCUGUUGAUGGGCUGCAGUAUAGGUCAUAAAUCCCGCCUCCGCCAGCAAAGAUUAUGGAGCUGUAGACAAACUUAAAAAUUUUAUUACACAGAACAUAAAUUUUUAUCCCUCCUGAUUGUGAUGUUGACAUGUAGUUACUGUCAGACUGGUUUGUGCCCAAGUCCUCUUUUUUUCUGUGAAGCUCCAUUUUUAAAAGUUAUUAGGGGUUCAUGUUUGUUAUGAUUGACACCUGAUACAGCCUAUGGGCGUUCAGGGAUUGCGUAGCUCUCCCGGGGGAUAUGCUGUUUGAGCCGAGUGUCAUCACAGCGACUCUCUUCAACUGUGCGGCCAAAUGCGCGCAUUGCUACUGCGCAGCGCUGGUUUCAGAAAUGAAGAAAAAUCCUGGAAAUAUCGAGAGCUAUUUGGUUUCAAAUCUGUAUACAGGCGGUAGGCGGAACGAAGUUGUCCAUAGUAUAUACAGUCUAUGGAUACAGCCUAUGGGCGUUCAGGGAUUGCGUAGCUCUCCCGGGGGAUACGCUGUUUGAGCCGAGCGUCAUCACAGCGACUCUCAGCGACUGCGCGGCCAAAUGCACGCAUCGCAACUGCGCAGCUCUGGUUUCAGAAAUGUAGAAAAGUCCCGGAAAUACCAAGAGCUUUUUGGCUCCAAAUCUGUAUACAGGCGGUAGGCGGAACCAAGUUGUCCAUGGUAUAUACAGUCUAUGGUUUGGCCCCACUCACUGCUAAUUUCAUUACUUGAAACAAAUUAUUAUUAUAGUGUUAGGUAAUUUAAUAUUAAAUCACACUUGGAUGAAUGGGUCGUUUUUGACCCAUGUGUGUAAACUUGAUGUAAUAAUAUAGAAACUAUAUUAUUUCAUGAAGUAUGAAUAGAAAAAUAGAAAUAAUGAUCAGUGGUGAUCAAAAACAAGAUAUUUAAAGAAUACUUGGAAUAUUCAAUCAGAAAAUAAACUUAUUUCAAAAGAUAGAACAAAGAAAAACUCAGCCAGCAUGAAAUACCAUUGGAAAUGAAUGCGGGUCUUUUUAGACCCAUGUUGCGCAUUAGAGGGGGUGUGGAUAUGUUGCGCAUCAAAGGGUUAAGGCUAAAACAUACAGGAUCCGUAUUGAGCACUUAACGUCAGCGCAGUGUAUCACACAGCGCUGAGGUGGCCAUUCUAAUCAAUGAAGUCUUACAUACAGGACACGAAUUAGCUCCGUUGCAGCUCAGUAUAAGAAGCAUAUCAAGCGUGGCACUACGCUUCCAAUGCGUUUCAAUCUACACAGAGAAUAUCGUUCUAGACAGGAAGUCAAGCACAAAAACACGUGCUUGUCAUCCGUUAUUUCAAAAUAAAACACCAUAUGCGGCCUCUCGACUGUGUAUUAGUUCAUGCAGAUGAGAAAUAUUUCCUGGUUAUGGAUUUAUCAGUAACACAGAAGAAUCCGAUGGUCAAUCCCUGAUCCAUGUGGACCCCAACAGGACUUGAAGGUAACAGCACAGUAUAAAGUAAUAUAGUUUACUUUAUUAAACACGAGUUAACCUGCAAAAACCGAAACUGUAAAUCUAAAUGAUCAGGAAAUAGACCACAGAAAGGCAAAACGACCUGUUGUGAGCAUGUUGUUUCCUCUGUACUGAGCCCAGCUGAUCGGGGCUGCACUACGCUGCUGCUACACUCCUAAUUCGAAUCCUGUAUGUAAUACCAAGGGCUGCUUUUGCUCUUGAGAUCACACAAUUUUCUGAUAAUAGAUGAGAUCGAAGUGGGGGUCUAACUUCCAACUGCGUACACGCUUACGGAGUUCUGUUAUGUCUGCAGCCAGGUACUCUUGGGAGUAGCUGCUGGAUAUGAUUUAAUGGAUGAAUUUGUAAAUAGUUUUUAGCUUGACAAGAGUAUGCAGUUAAUAAGCCAUUGUGUCAGAGUCUUAUUAGUGGUAACAGGUGUGUCUGAAAAAGAGAGAGUGAUGUUACAUUCCAGGAAACAGGCGACAGUCGAGUUAUAUCUGAUGAGAUGUUGUUUGUAGUAUGUGUCUGAAGGAAUUUUCUGCAGCCCCGUCACAGCAAUGUUAUCUGAACUCACCAUGACAGACUACAGACUUGCUCUGCUCCCCAUAGACACAGACGAACAUGUUGAACUGGAGGAGUUCCUCGAGGAGGGGAGGAGGCAGAGAAGACGACAGAGAGACAGAAAGACAGAGAGACUCAGAUAAGGAGGCCAAGAGUCGAAAAAAGGAGUGUCAGGAAGAUGGAGCGUGUGAGCAGGGGGGAAAUAUAAAGGGAGCGAUAGAGUAGACUCACACAAAGCUCUGAGCAUGCUAAUGGACUACAGGGCAUCAGUGUCAGGUUUGCUGUCUCAGCCAGAGCAGAGGUGGAUGGAUGGAGGGAUCUGAGAUUAAAAAGGAAAGGAGUGAGGGUUUACAAAAACACACUGCAGAAAAAUGAUGUGCUUGUAGCCUCACAAGAUGAUUCACCUCAGUUGGCGACUGUUUGAACUGCUCUUCUAUAGGCAAAUACCCUGCGUAAUCCCUUUAUUUUACAUGGAUGGAAACAGGAUGGACAACGCAUCUCCUGCUGUUCAAAAGUGAAACCAAAACAUGCAGGCACUGACAUAUGGUGACAUUUUGAAGACUGGGUCUGUGCAUUUAGGCUUGGCUUGUCAGUAUUGAUUUUUCACCCCCUCUGUUUACCAAAGCACACAUUUAACUCACCAAUUUAAUGACAAAGACUGCCUCAGGCAAACACAGUCCAUUAAAUGACUGGUUGACAUGUGGAGGGGCCAAAGUCCUUGAAACAGGGUUUGAUUUGAAUCCCAUUUCUCUCUCCUAGUUUUCAGCUCUAUCUACUGUCAAACACGAUAAGCCCAAAAAUUUAAAACUUAAACUUUAAAAAUAUUUUUUUUAUCUUGUGUCGACUUCAAUCUGAAAAAUAGACAAUUUGAAACAACUUUUUUUGACUCAUGCAUGCGAACGUCCAUAAAUAUUUAAUUCCUGACACUUUUUUUUAAACUCUUGUUCGAUUUUGGUGAUGAAACGCUUUUUCUUGAACCACAAAAGGAAAAAAAGACUAUUAGCAUAAAGAUUUGCUAUUUCUAUGCAGUGAUUUUUAAUGCCUAAACCUUUGCUAGAGAGUUGGUUUCAGAAGAGACACAGACAGACAGAAAUCACUUUCUCCACAGGGGGCGCCAAAAUCCACACAAAUUUUUAAUCAUGUAAAUAUCCACCCUCUUCCUGACAGGAAUCGAAACACGCUGCCAUUUUUGUCAGUUAUUUUGGGAGAUACCAUCUGCUUCAUAGCCUACCUUUUAUAUACAGUAACUACCUGUUUUUACUGACACUAAUUAGCAUUGCAAACAAAUUUCACUUGGACUGAGUUGUAAUUAAAUGCACAGAGAGGUCAGAGUCCCCCCCAGCAUCGUGAUUUUUCUGGUUGUACAAAAAAGCACAACAUGAAGUACCCCAUUCUCUCUGGACUUGAACAAAGGUUGCACAGUUUAUGGUUUUGCUUUGUUUAGCACCCAUUGGCCCUAACCCCUUCAAACAGAUUCAAUCUAUCUUUCUACUUUUGCACUUGGAACAGUCUCUCUCAGCUGAGUUAUACCUGCAGAUGGAUUCAUGUUCUAUUAAGUUAAAAGGCCAUUUUGUGUCAUGCAUGACAAACAUGAUUUCUUGGGAAUGAGAAAGGUUGCCGUAUGGAUCGUAUAGAGGGAAAUGUUGUAAGUAUUCUGGCACAGUGAACCCUUUUAACUGGAUCCAAAAAUGGGUCCUGAACCACAUAUCCAUUCAUCAAAAAGACUUGAUGUAAAGCCGUGCAGAAUUAUAUACUGUAUAUGUAUAUUUUUUUAUGUUGAGUGUUUACAUGAUCACAAAGCUUUGUCUGUGCCAGUUUGGCAGUUACCGCACAUGUUUCCUGUCAGAGAUGAAAGGUCAAAGUUGUUUUCAGGCAGAAUCUGGGCAACCUGAAACGCACAGCAUCCUGUAAUCUUUCAGGUGUGGAAGAUUCAGACUAAUAGUCCAUCAAGUGUCUUGGUGUAUACACUGUAUGUUGGAUGGAGAUCAAGUAUCUGUCUUUGUGAUUGUGGGAGAAAUUAGUCCUGUGGUUCAGCCUGACCGUGAUCCUGUGGGAGGCUGCAGUUGUGCUGUCUCACUAUUAAAUCUAAAAAAGCCGGAACAUUCCUCCUGCUCCUCUCAGAGCUAUAUUUCAUCUGCUGGCUUCAGUCCUUGCCGUCUUUCAUACGCGCUUCGUACUGUAUAGCCUCUCUGCAGGAUGCAUAAUUGGUGAAAACUGAGCCCGAGUCAGAUGCUAACAUCAUUACAAAGCCCACCUUCAAGGUUCGAGAUGUAAACGCUCAGUAAAUAGCAAAGCCCUUCUUGUCAGAUUGAUCUCGCUUCAAUCGGAUUUGUAUUCCCCAUGUUCCAUUAGCCACUGUGGCUUCAGGCUAGUAAUGCCUGAGUUUGAAGGUCAGACCUCAUGAGUGAGAUCCCCCUCUGUGUGGGCGAGAACCCCCCUGAACCCAUCUCAUCCUGGAAGAACAACACAGACGAGCUAAGCGGAGGAGGAAGGGGCCGAAUGUGGCGGAACAUGAGGCUUCCAGGCCUUGUUUUCUGGGUUCAUGCACUGAUGGGCUCCCUGAUAAUGUGCUGAUUGUGGAUGGGAGGAGACAGCCUCUCAUCCCUGAUCGCUGUAGCCAUUGCAUUGACACGCUGCCAAGUUUUUUUUUCCCCCGUCCAUGCUGGGCUCUGUUCACGCCUCUUUGCUUCCAUGCUUUGUUAGCUAGCCCUGUUCUCAGGAACCCUCUGUAGGUGUCCCUCAUGGUAUGUUGGCCAUGUUGUCCAUAGAAUCUGUGCCAUAUGUGUGUGUCUGUGCGACUGCAUACAUAUGUAUGAAUGAGAAACAGGAGUACGGGCCUCCUAUGUUGCUGUUGUUAUUGUUGUUGUUGGUGUCGACGCCUCACUCAUCCCCGUGAAUGGACUGCUCGGUCUCAAUAGAUGAGGGGCGUUUGUGUGGGUUGGUCCAUCAUUCAUUUACUUCAUUCAUGUCCCUGGGGGAGCAGAGGGGGGAGUGGCACACAACACUGGCAUGGCAUUAACGAUCCAGGGCAUCCCUUCCUUCUCCUGCUUCCUCGUUCUCUCUCUCUCUCUCUCUCUCUCCAUCUCUCAACAUUCUCCUCUCUCACAUUUUCCUCCUCUUGGUUCAAACGCAGAAACAGUCAUCAGUCAAAGCUUGGCUAUGAUCCUGCAGGCUUUCAUGUUCUGUAGGAUUUCAUGUUAGAUGAAUUGAUGGGCUCCUCUGUGCCAUGUGCUUCACCGCACUACAGUGAUGGAAGACCACAGACAGCCCCCUCGCAGUGCUCGUAGGAAGUGGUACCUCCUGGCACAAACACACAGAGACAAACUCUUUUCCACGGCUGACAGAUCGAGUUUUAAUGUGGUCGACUUAGAUGAGAAUCACACGGAGGAAACAAAAACUGUCUUCUGACAUUGGGAAGAUCUCCAAGUUAGAUGAUGCUUUGUUCGAGUGUAAUCGCAUUUGGGGAGAAUAAAACGCUUGGAAUUCAUUAGUCUAUGGCUUCUGAUUAUACCAAUGUCACUGGCGUAAAGGAUUGGUGCACAGCGUGAAAUUUACCUUUUCAUCACUGUGGCUGGAUUACACUGUCCUAUUAAACCAUGUCUGCAUGAUUAAUUAAUCACUACUUAUUGCUCGAUGCAUAAUGAGCAAAUUACACACUGCGGUGUUAAAUGGGACUGUUGUGUCCAAAACCUGUGUUGUAAGAAUAUCAUGCAAAGGGAUGCAUAGUCAAGUUUUACUGAUUACCAUAGCAUUAGCUCACCACAUUAGCAUUUUAUGAAUUGGACUCAUGCUGGCGUAGCAAGUGUUGAAAAAUGAAGCCAUUGCUGAAGUGCAAAUCUGCAGUUCCUCCAUUGUCCACAUGAGGCUGGCCCCUAAAGCCAAGGGAGUGCCAUAAACACCCAGGUUAAAGUCCAAUUUUGCAGAAAAUUCGGCAUUUUUAUAGAUUAUACGCCAUGUAAACCUUUGAUUAUUUAUUGCUCUAUUUAUUGCCAUAUCUUGACAGUAUAUUUUAUUGAACCUGCUACUGCACAACACUUUGUCUGACUUACUCACAUACACUGAAUGUGUUGCUCUCUGGCUGCUUUAGUAGUUGUAGGGCUGGGCGAUAUGGCCUCAAAUCAAUAUCACGAUAUAUUGAGCAGUUCACCUCGAUAACGAUAAAUGGACGAUAACUACUCCACGAAUUGCUCCCCCCCUCCCACAUUAACUUUGUCUACUUCAGCCACCGCUCCAGCCACUACAACUUUCCUGUCUUUCCCUCUUUAUUACUGACUGGAUGGGGUGGAGUCACGUCUCCGAUGUAGGACCGCGUCUUAAAGGGACAUUAGACCAUAGCCUCCCUACACACAUCCAAAACCAACUUUUAUUUAUUUAUUAUUUUGACACAGAAGAUAGUGACAUGGGCAAAAUUACAUCAGUUAUUGUCGUGAAUUUCCUCUAUCGGUAAAUUGUUGGUUUAUCGCCCAGCCCUAAGUAGUCAUGUCCUGUUUAUAAUUUUAUGCCUGCUCCAAACAAAAUUUCCUUUCCUGAAUAAUAGAUUUGAAACUUGAAUCGAGAAGAACAGUUUUGGUUUGAAAAGCUUGUUUUUUUUAGAUAAUAUCACUACUCUAUCAAUAAUUUAUGACCACUGUGAGGUAAAAAUCCCCAUUUCAUAUAAGACGUUUUAUAAAGCAAAAUUCAGAUUGAGUAACGAUGAGACAGAAGUUGUUUAAUGGUACUUUUUAACCUGCUAAUUUAGCAUCUUUAUAAUUCAUCUAGCUUUGUUUUAAAAUGGGCUAACAAGUCCCACUUUGCCCUGUGUGGAUCAUGUGAGCCCAGUUCUGGCAAGAGGUACAGUCUGUUUCUACCAAAUUGGAUCCAUUUCAAACAGUUGCAGCCUGUAAAGGUUACCUCAAGCUGAACAUCAUAAAUUUAUGAUAAACACCGAGACUAUUUUCAUCAUAAAUCCACAAAACGACAUAAACUAUUAAGGUAAGGCAGUAGCUGCAAAGAUAAGUGCGGGGUUUGCCUGCCAUUAGUGUCAUCAUCAGGCUUCUGUUUCCUAUCACAAGAAGAGCUGUCCUUGACACACUUACAGUCAUCAGGAGCAGGCAGUGAAAUUCAUCCUGGCCGAUUAAGUUGUAUUAAGAGUCUCGUCCCCUCCACUCUUUUAAUGCUGGGUCUGAUUGCGUGACGAUCAAAAGAAAAUGUCUCGGCUCUCCCAACUCUUUCUUGUGUGACUGUUUGAAAUGAUUCACUAGUUCUUCAGAUGAUCAUAACCAGACUGCUGGAAACUCUACAAGAGAAAAAAUAUGGCAGGCAGCAAAACAAAUAAACCCUAAGCAGGUAAAAGAAGUGUCUGCUGUUUAGAUCUGAUGAAUGAAAAACAGAUAACGAAGGUGGACGAAGAGAGAGAGAGAGUGGGGGCGUACACUUUUUCUAAUAAAAAAAAAAACUCUCUCGCCCGGUGUUGGACCAGCCUGUGUUUGGUUGCCUUAUCAGCACCGAGCGGAUGGCUUAGCACUGAUUUAUGAGCAGGUAUGACAGUGUAAGAUAAGAGGGUUUUUAGCCUCUAUGUGUCUCCUUCAACACCCCAUGUGUGGACAGAUGGAGGGACUGUCAUGCAGGUUGCCUCCGAACUGAUAAGAAUCUUCACUUCCUCUCAGACUCUCUCUAUCUGUCUGCUAAAUCAAAACAGGUCCUUCUACCUAAUUCAGAAAAGCCUGAGUGUCCCUCACCUGGAAGUUCGUAUAUAAGAUGUCAAGCUCCAGUACAAAUGUGAGCCCAAAGCCAAAGAGCAGCAAAUCAUUAAACUGCUAAUGAAAUACUAUCACCAUGGAUUUGGACGUGUUGCAUCAUGACUGUUUAACUUCUGGAAAGGUCAUUUCAGCAUUUCUUAUCUCACUGUCUGUGUGCAAACUAAAUCUCACCGAGCGCAACCGCCAACACUAACAUGCUGGAGAAUUUGCAGCCACUUCCUGAUUAGCUGUUGGCAUUUGGGUAAGAAAGCGUGUUAUUGAAUGGGGGUAAGGGUAAUUUGUCCAUUUCAUGCCCAGUGUGGUAUGGUUUUACAGCUUAAUGUGGAACAAAAGCCUCGAUGUUGACUGUAUAGGGCAGACGUCUCACCUUUUCAUAUCAAUUUAUGCAUCUUUUACUUUCUUUUCCCAACAACAAAAACCCUCCUGUUUUUCUCCAUUUGUCUGCAAAGUAUUAAAGUUGAACCGUACAGUUUAGAGCUCUAAAGAGCAACUUUGGGGUCUGGUGCAUAAUUUCUUUCACUAGUUUUGCAUGUUUCUGCAGCACACUGUCACUCAUUUCAUUUUACAUCCACCUGUGGGCUAAGAUUACAUGAUAGGGAGUUUUUUGAGCUGGUAUCAGUAACUGAUAAUAAGCUGCUCCUGUUGGCAGAUACUGAUAAGACUACCAGUAUUUUUCUUAUUUUGAAGUAUGUACUUUCUGCACACCUGAGGGUGAGAAAAGCUGGAUUUAGCAAGCAAAGGAGUAAAUGUUUUCUGUUCUGUGUUUAACAACUCUUGCAGAAAUCACGAUUGUUACCAUGAUAAAACAAAGAAUAUAUAUCAUUUAUAUUUGUGUAUUGUAUGUUAUUGUAUUCAAUGUUUUAAACUCCUGUAAGCAACUUAUGGUUUGUGUAGAUUUUGGUGAACAUCUUAGUUUUUGCUCAUCUUGACAUAAAAUCUUAUCAUGCUGACUCUUGAUAUUAAAGUUUAUUAUUUACUGCUAAUAUCUUAUGUGGAAAAUAGUUAAAAUAGGGCUGCAUCUUCAGCAGCUUGGCUGUCACCCAACCCUUCCCUUCUUGGGCAGCAACGAUUAGUCGAUGUCCACAAAAAUUGAUAAUGAAAGAAGUUGACAACAAAUUCCAUUGUCGGCUAUUGUUGUUAGAUGUGUUUUUCCCAGUGGAGUGAGGCAUCUUACUUCAUUACGAUCUCUGCCUAGAGUCACACAUGCGCAAUUGCGUCUCCGCCAAGCUGUAGGGUAUUCAAACAUGGCGGCGUUGGCGUCCCAUACAGCAGCUAAGAGUAUGCACCUAAAAACCUCCAAAGUUUGGGAGCGUUUUGGUCUAGAUUAGGCGACAAAAAACUCAACCUCAACCUUUGCAACCACAUGUUGAAUUUAAGAAAGAUUCAUAAUUAUCAGAUUAGUCGAAUAAUCAUUUCAAUAGUCAGUGACUAGUCGACUAUUAAAACAGUCGUACGUUGUAGCCCUAUUCCCAUCAGUUUCAGGCAUUAGAAAGUAGAAUAUUAAAAUGGUCAGUCUUGUCACAGAUGAUCCUGUUUACUCUUGGAUGUCAUGUAAAUGCAUCAGUAUGAAUUUCAAUCUAUUUCAUACAGCCGAAAAACGUCCACAUAUGAACUUUGAGUCUUUAUUUAGCCACUGAACCACUGACAAAAACAAUCCUUAGUGGACUAUACCAGAAGUUUAAUAUGUCUGUGGUAAAACUGGUACUGUUUUCAGUCAAACUGUAAAUAUACAUAUGUGUAGAAAUCACGUCAAAAAGGGCAGACAGGGAUAUGUCUGCAAAGCUGCUAUUCAGGAUACUGUCCCAGAUGUCAUAAGCUGGUGAAAUCCUUGGCCUUCUACUUCAAGUGAGUCAUCAAAUAUAAUUGUGUAAGUAUGCGCUUUAGUUUUUAGGUUCUCUCUGAAAAACUUUCUGGAGUUCUCAAAUGCCCGUUAAAUCAGAAGUGCAGCACUCGCCGCUUUGUUGGCCUGCAGCCACGAAUGUUGCUUUGUAUUUCUUCAACACGUCUUUGUCGCUAUAAAGACUUAACAUCAGACUUUUCAUGGACUUCAAAAACUUGUGUCCUCUCAGAAUACUUCUGACAUGUAUUUUGCAGGUUGUAAUUAUUGUAACCUCUCUUGAAACUGUAAAAAUAGACACAGUGGUUUUACUGUAAAACACUGCCACUUACUGUGUUGUAAGAUAGAGGCUUUUAAGUAAGUAAAUAAAAGCAUUUUUUUUAUUUUGAUAAACUGUAUUAUUGGUAAAAAUAAAUUAGUAAAUAUCCACAUUAUAUGGAAGUAUAAGAAAAUUUAUAAGGUUAAUGCAUCCCAAGAAAAAACCCAGAGAAGCUUCACUUUAGCUUAACUUCUCCUUAUUAGUAUGAAUCACAUACAAACCCUAACCUCCUUCUACUGCCCUUUAGCUGCCGCACUCUGGGCAGCGACCCUUAUAGUCACGGGUGAGAAAAAGGUCCUCGGGUCACGGGGUAGGAUGUCCUAUCUGUCCGUCAAACAUGAAAGCAGCCCAGCCAACAGGCACUGCUGCUUUAAGAGGGAGGGGUGAGUUUGUCAGUCAGCGUGGGGAGUAAAAAGGUGGUGGAUUACUCAGACAGACAGUAAUCUAUAGGUCUGUCAGCCUGUCACUCAGCCUGACCUUGGUGAGCUUUGCUUUAAUUGCAGGCCGGGAUGAAAAAGUGCGGUCCAGACAAUUCACAUGAUACAUUAAAGACGUAAUGGCUGCCAACAUGUUUCAUCUUGAGUGACGUUUUUUUGCUUCAGAGGCACAUUUUUUAACCUAUUGGAAUGUAAAUGGUUGUUGCAGUCUGUAAUUAUUUUCUGUGAAGUCCUAAAACUUUUAAGCAAUGCAGUCCAUUCACGCCGGGAGAGAUCCUCGUGUGCAACAUUCCUCUGGUCUCAAACUGAAUUUAGUGCUUGAACUUAAUUUGUUGAAAAGCUUAAAGCUCCUGUAAGGAACUUUUGGGUUAUUUUGCUUUUGGCAGCCCCUCUGGACUGAGUGUAAGUCUUUGCUUCUCUUUCUUUGUACAUGUAAGUAGAUGUAAAAAAAAAUCUUGUCGUUCUCAGUUUUAGAUAUGCAUCUUAUCGUGAAUAUUUGGCAUGAAAAUCUUAAAAAAAAGAGGCAGUUUCAGAAGCGUACUACAAAUCACUUGUAAAAUACCACAGCCGAAGUGAUAAAUCUUAAGUCUGACUUUAGUGGGUCAUUAAGUAUUACUUUUAUUCUGUUUUCCUACCUGAUAAAAUCUAGAUAACUUCACUCUGGCUGCCAUAUGAGACUAUACAUUACAUCCACGCCUCACCUGUUUGCUUUUCUAUGUCAUGUACGCCUCCCUUCACACCUCUGAUACGCUCAACUAUCACCUUGUCAAACUAUCCUCUUCACAGAUAACCGUGACAUGCGAACAAGACGAGGAAGCGCAAGAUGAUAGAGAUACAAAUGAAGAAAAAAACAUUGGAAAUAUUAUUUAGCAUCUUUCAAAAGCCCUGAAAACCACAUAUUCUUUCUUUUUUGCAGUCAGUACAGUUUAAAAAAUGUUCCCAAAGCCAACCAUUUCCAUAACAAUGUUCUGUAACACUCCUUCUGUCUACAUUCCUUUCUGCCAUCUCUUCCCCCACUUAGAGCUCCAACUCCCUCUAUUCCCACCACCAUCAUCUCCUUCAUACAGCCACUCUUCCACUUUGAAAAAGAUGAAUGCCCUUGACUGACGGUCAUCAUCCCCCACUUUGUUUUUCUCCACUUCUCUACCAUUUAUGCCAAACAGACAGACAGACAGACAAGCAGCAAAUGGACAAGUUAACAUGGACACUCUGUCACUCACAGCAUCCAGUCGGCUUGUUCUCACCAGUAGGUCUCUCAGCUUCCUUUUCUUCCCGAAGCUUUCACCGAACCCUCCUACUGUGUUUUAUUCAGUUGCUGGAUCUGCUCUAAGGGCCAUAUUUGGCCCUUGCCAUGCUUGUAAAUGUACCGAAAUAAAAACGGCCACCAAGUCACAAAAAUGGUUGUGAUGAAAAGAAGCAGCGGGAAGCUCUCCUCUGGUACGAAUAUAAAUUCGCCUCUUCAUUCUGACAUGCUAGACUUUUCUACUUCUCAGGCCAGUAAGAGGAAUACUAGACUUUGUGCACACAAGAGACUAAAACAUAAAGAAGCUUGUUUAUCUAAGGAUUCAGUGAUAGAUGAUAGUUGGUGUGAGUGGAAUUGGCGUAGAAGAAAGUGCAAUAGCGACGAUUAACCUCUCAUGAGCGUUGUCCAAGCUCUUUACUCCAAGGCUAUGAGAAGAAAACAUAAUAUUGUUCCUGGGCAGCUCCCCAGUAAUAACAGCUCAGGAGUUACCUGUUAUAACAUGCCUGGGAAAAUCUAUGUUUUCUUGUUUGAGAAUAUACUCAAAAAUCAACAGACAGUGCUGCCGGUUAUUUAUUUUUCUAACCAAGCUUGUGGUUGGAGAGCUUAGGAGACUGUAAAGGCAGAGCUGGUGCUCUGAGUGUAAUUACCUUCUGAAUGAUCCGCCGAGGUCAAAGCCAUAUUGAUCUUGUGCGUCUCGAGCGCAGUGUCGGCCACUAAUGGAAUGGAUUACCAGAGGAAUGUGAUGUUUGAUCUACGAGGAAAGAUCUUCUCUUUCAGGAGUUUGUUUUGAAAAAUCCGGACUUUUUACACUCAUGGUGAUGUCAGUCAGCUUGGACCUGCAGUGACUGUGGACAAACCAGUUAUCGGUGUUUUAAUGGAUAUCUUUUUAGUGGAACAGCCGAGACGGUGUGUCACUGUGGAGAGAAACAAGACUGAGGGUCUUGAAACAAACUAGGAUUAACACUGAUGCCUCUAUAAGACCAGUCAACCAAACAAGACCUUAGGGGACAAAAUUGACGAGGUUACUGGAAUGAAACACUUUUUAAUGUGCAUAUGCUAUCGCUUUGUCCAAUGUGGGGCAACAAAAUUACCAUAUUUCCCGGACUAUAAGUCGUACUUUUUUCAUAGUUUCAUACUCAGGUGCAACUUAUAUAUAUAUUAAAAUGUAUAAUUUCACAUAUAGUCUGAUGACAGUCACGCAGAAGAGGAAGCGACGUUUCGUCCACCUCUGGAGUUGUCGGAGUUGUUCAGAAGUGACAUAGAGGAUGAAGAAUUCACUAGAUUUAGUGAUUUGGAGUGAGAUCGAGAGUUUGGUAAACUUGAUUUGUAAUGUUUUUUAUACUAUAGUUAUCUGAAUAACUAUUAAUAUGUUACGUUAGCAUACCAGACACCUAUUGAGUUCAUUGUUUCUGCUUCAUGUAGCUGAAUAACCAUCAACUUGUUACAUUAGCAUACCGUACACCUGUUCAGCCUGUUGUUCUCUAUUCUAUUGUUAUUAUUAUAACUUGCCUUUCAAGAUGAAAUGUUUGUUCUUGGUCUUGGAUUUUGUAAAAUAAAUUUCCCCCAAAAAAUGCAAUUUAUGCCGGUAUAUGUUUUUUCUUCUUCAUUAUGCAUUUUUUGGCUGGUGCGACUUAAACUCCGGAGCGACUUAUAGUCCUGAAAAUACGGUACACAGUUCAAAAGUCCCUCACAGAAGCUUUAAAUUAUUGCAUAAUCACCUGAAAAUAAAAAUAAUUUUGAUUUCGUUCAAUGAGAAUGAGACAUUCAUCCAAUUUACUCUGAAUUACUGUAUGAGUUUAAGACGGCUUAAUGGAUAUUGACAACAAUUGUGCAAGAGGAAAAAAUAACAGGUUGUGUAAGUUGUGCUAUUCUAAUUCAGGGACAAUUCAGGGACAAUGUGUGAAUAAACUUGCUUGGGAAUUUCCCCAGAAAGAACAGAAACCUAAAAGUAAAAAAAGUCAAAUAUUCUCCAUUAUUUGUUCGUCAACCUUGGGGAGUUAUGAAUCUUUUGUGUCGUCCUAUUGAAUAAUUGAUGAGAUGCUCUAAUCUUGGUUAAAGUGUUGGACCAGACAGCAGCCCUGUGUUGUCAGUCCUCACCAAACAUCUUGACUGGAUCGAAGGUUUACAGCCCCAAGAAUGAGAAAUGUUACAGUACACUGAAGGAGACAUUGUUGUUGAUUCAUUUCAGCUUGGAGGUAAUUUCGGCUGGUUUAAGGAGGACAUUGAUAUCUCAUGGUUAUGCAUGCCUAUCUCGAUCUUUGUAGCAAAACUCCUACUCCCUAUUAAUUGAACACAAAGCCUGUCAGACAGAUAAGCAGGUCCUCUCUGCAGGCAUGAACUUCAAAACCCCAUCUGAGGACCAUGCCGUGCAGCUAAACAACCACCCGCCUAAUUGUGGAGCAUUAUCCGGUUGUCCCCUGCCUGUCAUAUGGCAUUAGUGCACCAGACUCCACCCAGGACUUGCUCUGACACGUACCUGGUCGGGGGUGACCUUGCUUUUGUUCAACAGCAAUGUGGGGUCAAGUGGAUGUGUGCAGCAGCAGGGCGAGCGGUAUUAUGGCAGGCGUGCAGAGGCAGAUGGGCUUUUGGCACUCACCCAUUGGGGGAUUCAUAUCAUGAUAACUCCUCGGAGGAUGGUGGCCUCACAGCUCGACAAGAUUCCCCAGCUAGCCAUUUAGGGAGCACUGAGGUCGUGUUUAUGUGACCAAAUCAUUUCAUGCUCAAUAAACAAAGAACAUACAAGUUAUAUCCUGAUAAAUGUGCAGCAUUACACACAGAUACGAGUUCUCCCAACUCGAAAGAUAUAGGAGAGUGUUUGAGCUGCUUUUCCACUGAAGAGGUUCUCAAUCUCUGAUGUAAAAUAAGCAAUCCUGUUCAAAUAUGCUAUCUUGUUACAAGCUCUCAACUCCUGUGCCACUCUGCACAUCCCAGCCGAUGAAAUUUCAUUACUACAAAGUCAACUUUAGAGGAAUUUGAUCUCGGCUUGCUUAACAUUUGUAUUAGAGCGUAACCGUUCAAUCUCAUUUGGCACGUCUCAUAAUCGGACAUGUUUAAGUUUUUCUUCAUGCUUGACUUCAAUAUUUUUAUUAAGUGAAGCCCAAGCUUGAAAUUCAUAGAGAAACACAUCAUCGCUGCUUUCAUCACGCACACAUUUCCUCCAUCGCCUCCUCCCUUCUACCACCUGCAGUACGCUGGAUUAUAACGAAAAGAGCGAGCGUUAUCUCAAAGGUUUGGUAUGCAGACAGGGGCUAGUGCAUGCUGGCAGGAUCAGACAAGCUAAGGAAAAGGAAAGGUGUCAGAGGAAGCUAGGUGUUAGAUCAACACCGCAUUAAGCAGGCAUGGAGAGGAAGAUUUAAGAUAGACCGGGACGCAAUAUUUUUGGAGCGUCUUGCGCGAUAACAUCUCUGACAAAAAUCCAUACAAUGUUCUGGAUGAUGUGCAAGGCUGGUGGAAAUUCUCAAACAAUCUAAGGAGGCUGAUGCAGGAUAGGAAAGUGAUAAAUGAUGUUAAGAUGUUUGUUUCCUCAUCACUCCUCACUGAGAGAUUAUUCAGUAUUAUUUUUUUUAAUAUGGGAAGCGGCUUUUUGAUUAUCUGACUUUGGCCAUCGCCUUCUGUGAAAUCCUCACAGUAGAUGGUUGGUAGAGAUGACUAAAAGACUGAAAAUGUUUCGGUCUGUUGAAUAUAAGAGAGCUUUGGCUUCCAUUGCAGUUGCAUGUCAGUAUUGUUUUCAUUCUCGGUUGUGUUUGGAGGAUUGAACCCUUGCACAGAGAAGCACAAUUAAGUUUUGUUUUACUUAAGUCUCCUCAACUGUAUUCUCAUUGGGACCAUAAAAAUUCUCAUCGUUUCAUCUUUAUUUGUAUUGACAUGAUAUAAAACUUUGUUUGAACACGUUACAGAGCUCUGUUGAUUUUCAGUGAAUUAUAGGAACUGGGCUGCAGACUGAAGUCUGUUUUACUUUGAAAAACUGCCACAUUAGUAGCUCACAGAUUACUGUUAUGGAAGAUCUGCCUCUGAACUUUACUGCGUGAUCAUGAAAUCAUGGGUGAAACAUUGUCUGUGCAUUAAAAUAGGACAAUGUGACUUCAAAACUGUUAUUUGACAAACAAGUGAACAUCCAUACAAGGACCCUUUGUUGCACGAGCCGUAAGCGGUUUGUUAAAUCUAUUCAUCGGCGGUAAUGACAGGUGAAACACAAGCUGUUGUGCCAAUUGUAGCUGUCUCAGUGGACUCAUGUUUGUGUCCAUGAGAUCCCUUAAUGGUGUGCACUAUGAGUUGAUGGACGCUGGUAUUAUUGUUGGAUGUGGCAGGGGCGGAUUCAGGGAAGUGGCCAGGGUGGCCAGGGCCCCAUCUGAAGUCUGUUUGCCCACCUCAGGUGACACCCCAACUAAUUCGAAGUUAUUCAGGCUGUUUUCAUAACAUGUCAAUGUGGCGUCUUUAAAGUACCAUAUUUUGCGCACUAUAAGGUGCACCUGAUUAUAAGGCGCACCAUCAAUGAAUGCGUCUAUUCGCGUCUAUUUUCAUACAUAAGGCGCACCGGAUUAUAAAGCGCAUUAAGCCAAACAAAACAGUCAGAUAAGUCAAACUUUAUUGAACUCAUUCAAUAACUCUGCGAGGCUACAGUAGCUGCAGUGCUCCGACAAGCUAAAAGGAUUUUAAGUGCGCCUUAUAGUGCGAAAAAUACGGUAAAUACGAAUUUUUGAUAAAACAUUAUUACUCAGAGCCUUAACUGGGAUUAUUUGCUUCUAAAAGCAGACUUUUUGACUUAAACGAUUCUUAGAUUACUAUUUUCCUUUCUGGAGUUUAGUCAGACCAGAGUCCUGUUUCCCAUGACUGUUUUUGGGGCAUUUUCGGGUUGGACAGUCUGAUCAGCAUGUCCCGGAAAUGCAACAGCACCUCUACCACUCGGCCAAAAUCUAAAUGGGGACAUUUCCAUGGUCUCAAAAACGGCUCAUUUAAACGGCAUUGAGAUAACAACAGUUCUGUCCAAUCAUUGGUUACACUUGAUGCCAGAAGGAUUUAUCUCAACAGUUUAAUCCCACCCAGAACACACCACUGUGUGCAUCUCACUUUUUUAGAUGCACUCUGAAAGCCAACAGAGAUUUCUUCCUGCGUUUUAUUCUGAUUUUCUGACCCAAACAUGUGGCAAAAGUUCUACAUAUAGCAUUUUAAAGUGGAUAGUUGCUCUGUUUUCAUGAGAAUAUGGUUCUUUGUAUAAUGGUAGCUAUCGAGUAGCAAAUUCGUCCUUUUCAUUGCCACUUCCAUCUUGAUCUUUUCCAGAGUUGAACAUGACUUUUGAAAACUUCUCUCCUCACUCCUGUACUCUACCUUGGCCAGCAGCUAUGAUGUCUGUCAGUGUGUUUUUUAUGCGUCUGGGCACACAGUCAGAGAGUUCUGUCCUCCACCCAAGUCAUGAUUAGAAUACACAUUGUAGUGCCUCUGAGAGCAUUUUAUAAGUUGUGUUUCUGCAGCGGAGGCAAUCUCAGUGUCUCUGUUUUGGCUGUGCAGAAGCGCUCUGUCAGAGUUCGACUCAGAGUUUCCAUGGCUCUCUCCUGCCUGUUUUGAUAAAUUGAAGUUCUUCGGUUCUUUGUCAGGCUCCUCUCCCCUCGGGACUCCUCCCCCUCGUUCUCACUCCUCUACCACACCAUUUGCUGUUGUGGGUGAAAAAUGACCGCAGGGAAUAUGUUGGAUUCUCUGUGCGGGACUGGAGAGGGGAACCACCCAGAGAGGGUAGAGGUGGCUGUUGUCCCCAGUGGACUGUGAGUCAACACUUGCUGCUAAUGGUCUCUCCAAAUUUACCUCCUAAUUACCCCCCUCUUAUUGCCCCCAGCUAGCAACACACUGGCCAUGACCUUGAUAUUCAAAGGAGCGCGAGGCGAUCUUAAAAUUACCUUUUGCUCAGUUCUGGUUAAAAUCAGCUGGAAACGAACUGAUUUAUCAAAAAUCUUGGCUCAGGAAUUAUUCAAAUUUUAACGCCACCAAUUGAAUUGAGGAUUAAGUGAAAUCCAUAAGCAGGAAUGAACAGACUCUCUCGAGAAAGCAUUGUGCAUCUGUGUGUGUUCAGCUGACAGAGAGGGAGAGUAUUUGUUCUGAGUGUGGGGUCAGAGGUCAGCGAGGGAGAGGAGGAUUUUUCACUCAUUCACACUCGCCCUGUCUCAUUAUUCAGCCCUGUUCUAUAAUCCUUCUGGCCUGUGUUGUCACCGCUGACCAACGCCGCCGCCCGACCAGCUCUCUGCCAACGACAGCACAGCUACAACAACAAACACAGCUUCAUCAUCAUUACAGCAGCUCACAGCAUCUGCACGACCCCAAUCCUACACACACACACACACACUCACACACACACACGAACCCUUGUGCAUACAAUAGCCAACCACAAGCCCGCAGUCACCACUUAGAAUAGAGCAUUUUGUAAUUGAAGUAAAAACCCAACCAGUGUUUUUCCUGUUUUUCCAAAACCAAGAGAUUAGUGUUUGCAGAGGAUGAGAUUUAGAUUGAUUUCCUUAAAGUCAGGGCUUAGCAUGAACAAAGAUUUGUCAUUUGUCUUUGCAGUUCUGGUUUUAUUUUUCUGCCAAAUAUGAAAGUACACUUAAAGCGCCUCUGAGCUUUUGGUCAGAGUUCAUUUUGGACAGAGCAGUUUUUGCUUAUCUUGUCCUCUACAUGCUUGAAUUGCAGUUUUUGACAAAAAAAAUCUCAUCAUGCUGGCUUAUGGCAGUCAAACGUAUCAUGUGUUGUGAAUAUUUUAUAUAUAAAUUGCAGAUACAGGGCUGUUUCAACAUCUUCAAGGCUGACAACUACACCUCACAAAAGUUUUAGGAAAAAAAAUGGAAUAAAAAAACAUUUCAUUGUGUCACUGAUCGUCUUAUUUGCUUUUGGAUGUCAUAAAAAGUCAUAAUUAUGAAAUCCUUUUUCUAUAAAGUACAAAAACUUCUCAUAGGAGCUUUAAAAGUAAAAAUUCAUUUCAUUAUUUUUAAUUACUGCAGCUCCAACCAAAUUACUCUAGUGCAGACUUACAGCCUUGAAAAAGCUCCCAAUAUUUGGAAAUAUGUUAUUUAAUGCAGAUACUUAUUGCCAUUACCAAGUAGCCCCAGUAGGUGCUCACUCUCAGUCAGUGCUCUUGUCAUUUUCAGGAUUUUUGCAGUGUUGGCAGGCCAAAUGUGUCUUUGAGUGCCUAAAAACGCCAAAAGAUGCCCACCCUCUUCAUCCGGGUCUGUGAUAGUCUCAAAGUCAAAAGUCUUUACAAUCCAAUGUGUAUUUACUGAACAGUAUGCCAUUGUUUGCUGUCAAGGUGUGAUUUUGUCAUAAUGGGGCAUAAAAUUUCAAAAAAUAUGGCCAAAUCUGGGAUGAAAGAAACCCAUCUACAAUACACAUAAAGGGAGACAAAUUUUCAGACGUUCAUGUUUGGUCUGCCAUCACCGUUCGGAUGUGAGUUAUAAAACCACCCCACUCUCUUUUUCUUGUUCUACCAUCCCACCCAGUAUCAUCAUGACCACCCUGCUCUGUCCUGACCCUGCUCAGAGCAGGCACCCUGCAUGACCCCCGCACAGAUAAUCCUGAUUAUGCUGAAAGUGUGUAAGGAGGCCACGAUGGGCUUUCACCUCAGACCCCUCUUGUCCUUUGACCUUUCACCUGUGGCCCUACAGGCCUACCAAGGACAGCUGUAUGUGGCCAUGUGUGUUGAGGGAAAUCCAGUGUUGCAUUCAUAUGAGACGGGCUUUGGUGAUCAUGCUGCUCUGUUUUCUUGGGUCUAUGUAGCAACCAUGGGCACAAAUGACUAGACUUGUUGUAUAUUGUAGUAAUUUAAAAUCCUUAAUACGGUAAAAUAGAUGUAGGAGUUGAGCUAUGAAGGAUAUCACAAGUGUUGCACAAGCAAGUAUAUCAUGUACAUGAAUUUAUAUAUGUUGUAUCCCCUUCUUGGACUACAUAUACAGUCCAAUGUGAAUUUCAUGAAGACUGCAGGUCAAAGACAGUGAAUUAAAGAAACUACAUGACCUUUCCUAUCCUAUCCGUUGAACCACAGAUACCUUUUUAGUCCCUCGUGCUUUAAUUAACCUUUCCUGUCAUCCGAAACAUCAGAAAUAGAUUUGUUAUAAUCUCUCGUUUCCACUCAGCAAGUGAACUCGCUACUUAAAUCAAUCUUUCUCUGCUCUGAUUUGUGCUGCUGGAGACAGGUGUCUCUGAUUUGAUCUGAGGAUCAGAAGGCUCUGCUUCUAUCUUUACGUGCACACACACACACACUCACACUCAUACACACAAAGUGAUUCAGUGGCAGAAAAGCAUGAAGAGCAGUUGAGUGACAGUAUCCGGAAGCUCGGAGAUAAGACAUAAUCUGAAGCCAAUUAUUUGUCCUUGACAGGCGCAGGUAAGCAGCAAUCAGCUCCGGUUACAUGUGUCUGAGUCAAUAGUCCUCGCCCCCUGUGGGUGCUGAGAGACUGAUUAUGAGGUGGUGAACGUAGGCAAACACAAAUCCACGACAGGUUCAGCUGAUAAGGCCUCCCGCUGCUGUUCAGCUCUGAUAUCUGCAAUGACCUCUCUGUCCUGAGCAUAAACAACUGAAGACACAGUCACCUCAGACGCUCAGUACACACUUGAGAUUUGCAAGAGACAUAGUCGCACUAUAAAACCUUGACUUUACUUUUAAAGCUCCUGUGUGUAAUUUUCUUAUGUAUUGUGUUUGGUGCCCCCUGUGCUCAAAGCUUGUGGUCAAAGUCAUGUUCUUGAACAAAUAUACCUCCAGCACUUUGUUUUGACAGUUAAAUUUAUCACUCUUUAUGAAUCUUUGCUAUGGAAAAUACAAACAGGGGCUCUUUCUGCAGCCAAACUGUAAAUCACUUUGCCUGACACCUGCCUCGCGGCUGCAGUCUUGUUCACUAAAUACCGUGUCACAGAUAAAAUUGAGCUUUACAGCGGCAGCCAUAUUUGCUUUUCCAGGUCAAACCGAGGCAUCAUUAAUAAUUUCAGGUCAUUUCAUAAACUUUAAAACACUCCUCACAGGAGCUUUAAAUGACACAAUCCUAAAACCUAAACACCCAAAAAGGUUUAUCACUGUCUGACUAACUAUGACUCAUAUGAUUACUGAAUGGGAGAAAAAAAAAAAAGAGUGUUUUUUUUUUCCUCCUGCUACCUUUAGGCGACUUCUUGGACGCUGUCAUGGGAAAGCUUGUGAUUGUAAUAAAGUGAUUUUGUGAGCAUGAUUAUUCACUUUUUGCCAAGACUUCAUGAAAAGAUGAAUUCACUUCUUUCAUGUUAAGUUUAGUUCUGGAGUCCAGAAGCUAUGAGCCCAGUUUAGUUUAAUAAGGGAGCAGGGAGGGCUACUUGUCUUAUUCCAGAGGCACACUUCAUCUUUAAUUUUUUUUUAUCUGUUUGUUUACUGUUGAAACAAAGACUAGACACAAAGUUAAUUGGCGAGUUUAAAAGUAAGUUUUCCUAAAUUCAGGAAAGAUGACUGUCCCUGUAUUUGAUUUAAGAAAUGUACAUUUAUUGAAAAGUCCAUACUCCUAUCUACAAAAGAGGAUUAGGGCCACAAGAAGAGAAAAAAACUAUUACAGGGGGGGAUAUAAUAAAGUCUAAAUGAAAAAAAUCAGAAUUUCGGGAUUAAAGUCGAAAUUUUGAGAUUACAAAAUCGAAAUUACAUGGAUAAAGUCAAAAUUUCAUCUUUAAUCUCGAAAUUUAAUUUUUUAAUCUCUAAAUUUCGACUUUAAUCUCCUUCCUGUAAUUAUUUCUUUUCUCUUCAUGUGGCCAUAAUUCUCUUUUGUACCAAUCUGACUGUCCAUAAGGCCAUAUAAACUAAAUAAAGUAGUUCUGGUUACUUUUGAGUAACACUAGAUUACUCUCUGGCUAAAUCAAGUGAGCACCACCUCCCCAAAGAAAAACAAAGUGCACCAUAAGUAUUAUAUUUUAGGAGCUAUGACAAUUAUCUGAGAGAAACUGUUAUAAGUAGAAAAUAGGGUGUUUGCAGGUGGUAAAUAAUCCUGGUUUGCUAAAAAAAAAGUCCCAUUACACUUAGAGAUUAAAUUAUGAAACAUGGGUGCUGUACGUUAAAGUGCACCAACCCACUUUACUCACUGCCUGUGCUGAAUGUACAGAGGAAUAUUGAUGUUUUAACCUAAAUCCUGACCUGAUAAAAGAAUUGUUUGAAUAUUAAACUAAGUCUUAAUAAUUUUAAUCUGGACCAUAUACUAUCAUGGGGAAAUGAAACCAGAUCUGGAGCAUGGAGGACUUGAAAUAAACCAAAAUCAUUAAUCACAAACCAAACCGACACAACCAUACAACCCUGUUCUUGCAUUUGCAGUGGUUUAACAACAUCACAAAAGUUUAUCAUUCUGGUUUGCUCUGUUAAGAAGAGGUCUGAUAUGUAAGCUUUGGAGGUCUGUCAUUGAUCAUUAGUCAUUUGAAUAAAAUCCACAAAGUCAUGCCUCACUGCAGACAAGCUGAAGCAAAGUGUGACCACACCUCUACUUUAUAAAAACCUGAGCAAGAGCAGAUCAGGGAACUCAGACAACAUGCCGGGGAUGCCUGGGCAGGUAUGUGGGAUUUUCUGCUGCCUGCUUCCUUUGACUCCCCCUUCUCUCUCACCCAAAACACACACAUAAACACAUACACAUUGAUGGGAAGUAGGGGGAGAUGUGUAAGGCUGAUAGUCACUUGAAAAGAAGUGGCAGCGGUGUCUGAAAGCUGCGUCUUUCGUCAUCCCCUUACAAAUACAAGACAGAGGUCCCUUAUGUCGCUUUGAGGAUGACCCUGGAGAACCACACAGGCUCUGCAUGAGGGCUCACAUACCUUCGCGACAGAAUAGGGCAGAGAGACCGCAGUGCAAAGAGAUCACAUCAACAGGUGGACAGGCCACUGGCUCAGUUUACCACCAGAUGUCUCGUACCAAUCAGUGCAACAGAUUGAGUUUUAUCUAACAAAAUGAUCCUCCAUGAACUGAGGAUGCAUUCACAAAAGAAAAGAUCAUUUUGUCCUCUCGGCCUGAGUCUCUGGUCGUGAUUAUCACAAAGACCUUGCUUGAGGACUGGCUGAUACACACCAGGUCUUGCGGUCUCUUUAGUCACACACUUGUACCCCACGAUUACUGAAAUCACCAGCUGGUUGUAAAUUGAAGCAUUUGAGAAAAUGUCAAGGCUCCUAUCUGUGUUUUUCUUUGUAACUGUUUUCUUGGCUUCAGAGGUGAGGGUAAUUUCAGCUGAGCUGUAACACACAGGAAUGUCUCUGAUGAAUUUGUGCUGACAAUAGGGAGUGCGAAGGCUUUGAGGUGAACUGUUAUCAUACCUUACUCCUUAUCUCAGCACGCCACAGGCAUUAUGUCCACAUAAAUGUGUUUCAACUCGCAAAGAGGUAAUAUUCCUCCUGAGUGAAAGAUCGGCUCUUCAUUUACACGUAGAAAACGGCAAAAUGAAGAGAGUUUGACUUUGAUGGUCUUUCUUUUUUAUCUAAAGUGACAUUCAGUCUUUUAGAAGUUUUAAAUGUGCUCUGGAAGGAGUCCCGUCAUCCAUCAAUGUAAAGUAAUUCUCGUAAAUGACAAGCGAUCCUUGUAAAUUCAUAAUUCCAUCCAUUAUGUCUCAUAAAUUAUGAUCUCCUACAAUGCGCUUAUGUGUUCUUUAAGUGCAGGGUUAUGAUGAGGCUAAGCAUUUAUACACAUGUAUCACCCCCUGACGGCCCCCAGGCCUGUCUUCUUAGAUUACAAGUACAAUACAAUUAGUGACUGCAGAUAUGCAGACCUCCAAGAGCAGUUUUCUUUCUCUUUCAAAUCACUUUCAACAAACGCAGCCAAACAUAUAUUUCAUUUCAAGUGUCAGGGGUCCCCCAAUGCUGCAAAAAUGAUGGAUUUUUAUAUGAUUGCUGAAUGAUUCAAGUUUCCAGAUAUCCACUUUUAGAGAUGAUUGAAUAUUAAAUUUGUACGCUUUUCUGCAAUGACUUUCUUCUUAAACCAGACGCUAACUGUUUUAUAAAAUUGUUUUAUAGUGUUUAUUUAACAUUAUUCAGAAACUUGUAUCCUGUUUUUUAAGCCCUGUUUUUUUGUUACACUUGCUUUGAGGGGGAAGUUUGAUCCACCCUCACUUCCUGCUGGCUAUUCAGGGGCAGAUUCAGACUUUUGUUUACCAAGGUUGCUCAGAUUGGGCACAGACACAUGUGGGGUGGCAUGUAGUGUUUCAUUGCAUAUACAUAAAUUUUUACCACUCAUGAUAUCAAUUUGGACCACUAAUAUUAAAAUAAAUCUCUUAUCCCAGCAACAUUUAAAUCUUAAUUCUUUGAAGACUCUGACGACACAAUUAAAAGUGCUGAGAACAAAGUGCAGCAUCAUAAUAUAAACAAAACCACCAGCAGCACAUUAGGUUCCAACAUGAGUCCUGUUUGACAAAACAAAAAGCUGGUCAAAGUUCUGGGGUUUGGGCGUAACCACAAGGGGGCCAGCAGUGGCUGCUCCAGUGACCACCCUAAAACUGUUUGGAUAUCCCGCCUCAUCAGAGACAGGAUUUAUGAUAGAAUCAACUAUUUAGGCUAUACAGGGACAGACUGUUUGAGGUUUUCCUUAAAUUUGAAUGUGUUACAUUUUCUUACUCUACUUUUACUCAUGACUUUGGGCAUAAAUCUUUGAGUGCCUGAAGAUUCAUUUAAGACUCAGUUUAUUGUAUUUAUCCUUUAAGUUUUCAAUACACUCAGGAUUAAAACAUUUUAAUGAUAAUAAAAAGGCGUUUAUGUUUUCAGCUACUUCGUUCAUAUUUUUCUUAACGUACAGUAGUUAAUUUAACUUAUUCUCUUUUUACUCUUUAUCCCUCAACAUCUUGUGUAUUUCAAGAUCUACAAAACCCGAAUUCCAGCACUUACUUGUAUUUUUUUAAUUAAUUAAUUAAUUUAUUUAUUAGUAUUUCUGUUAUAGUUCCAGGAUUUGUUAUUUAAGCACGGUAAUAGGAAUGUCCAGCAGUAGACGGGGUUUUGAAGGAAAGGAGGUGUUUGUGAUGUGUCUCAUUUGUAUAAUCUGUAUAAAAAUAAUAAAAAUAUUGUUGAAUUUAAAAAAAAAAAAAGGUGUUUGUGAUGAGACAGAAACAACACACUUCAUGCUACCACUUACCCCCGUUUGUUCAACCCAGACAAAAAGCACCCAGGGUGGCCACUGCUUAUUUUGAGGGGGUGGGCCAUGCUACCCCUGGAUCUGCAUUCGUGGUUUUUGACAUUCAUGUUAAUCUGUCAUUCUGGUCAUUCAGGGUAUUGUCAUCACAGAUUAAAUUGGGUCUGCUCUGCAGUGAUAGAUAUUGAUCUAUUGGUCCAAAUAACAGAGACGAGGAGAGGGGGAGCAAAAUCAUAGACAGUUUGACUCCUAAAGUCAGUCACUGUAAACGGAUAAUGUGUCAUGAUGAAUGUAAUUUGUGUCAUAGGAGGUUAUCUGUCUGUCUGCCUGUCUUGUCUGUAGAUCUGUAACCGCUGGCAUACUUGUGACAGCCAGUCACCACCUGCAGGCUUCCAUUCAGACAUGUCUGAGUGUGAAUCUGAGUGCAGGGGUGAUAAAUGUGGGAUGUCAGCUGGUGACGUCUGGUGUCCCUGAAGCUCCGGUAUCGCUGGGCUGCUGGGCCUGCAGGAGCGCGUGGUUGGCAAGAAGACAAGGAUAGAAAAAGAGUCGGGUUGUUUAUGGAGAAAGAAUGGAGAAAGUAAUGUUACUGUGUUCUGUUUUUAAAAGAGCAUGGAUGCUUAACAUAGGAGCUCAAGUGUGCCUAUAAUUCAUCAUCAUGACGCUGUCAACACCUGCUCUUGUCCCAGUUUGCUGUUCUUAUUCAUGUGCUCUGAUUGGAGGCUGAGGGGUAGGGUCAGAACAAAGAUGGCAAAGCCUCCAUGGUGAGGCCCUGCAACAUUUAAAACCAUACUCCGCUGUCAGAAAUUAUUAUAUAAUUGUAGUCUGAUAUGAGUGAUUUGAUGGUUGAUUACAAUCAGUGUUUACCACAAUUAAAACCUCAGAUUGUGGCUCAGUAGUAACACAAGAAAAUGACUUUGUGAUGUAAUAUAUCAGCAACUUAAUGCUGCUGCAUCAGCUUCUUAAGUUUAGAGGUUACAGCAGUCAGAUAGGACUAAAGCUACCAUUAGGAGUGUUUAUGUUUUUGACACUGACUAUCAUUCAUAUUGAUGCUUUUUUGUGACACUAAAAAACAAACAAGACCAUCAGGAGCAAGAUUGAUGAGUUGUAUAUCGUAAUUUUAAACACUGGAAACUGGUGCAAGAGGUAGCUGUAAACACGGACGUAAUUUGUGGGGGGGCAUGUCCUCUGUGUCCCUUUUUCAAAAGCCUGUUUUGGUCCUCUGCAGUUUUAACCAUCUGAAAACAAUGUUACUUUACGUUAUGGCAAACAGAUAGACGUCAGGCACUCUGACCAAACGGCCGCUCAAGCCGAAGACUGGUUUCCCUUGGUUUGGACUGCCCACAAGGUCCUUGAUUGGCUCUGCCGCAGGGCCGCUUUAUGUGUGUGAUUGGCUAUCACUGCUGUCAGUCAUUCCAUGCCCACUGGACUAGUGUUUUGCAAGUUGUUUCUAAGCGUCAGUCCGUGAACAUCGCUAUUUGUCGAUGUAUGUUUACAGGAGGGCGGCAUUAAUUUUCCCUCCUUAAUGUCACAUUCAUCAGAGGUUUCAUUUUCAUCCCUGUAUCAGGUUUGUACUUCAUCCACCUGCUGGCCGUAUUGCCUCUUCUGUUACUGUGUGUGCGAGAUGUGCUGUUUGCUAGGCUAUAUGUUUGAACAGUUUUCAAGUCACAUGUCAAAUUAAAAUUUCGUCCAUGGCUGUCAGCCAAGCAGCAGAAAAAAAGCCCUGUUUUUACCAUUUUCACAUAAAAGAUUCACAGUGAACGGUAUAUUUGACCAUCUUAAGUCAUCAGGAUGAGAUUAUUUGUCAAAGACACAGCUGAAGGUUAUACAGGGUAAAAUAUAGAAACACUGCUUUGUCCACAUGGGGUGCCUAAUUUGACCUAAACUGAUAAUUUCAUACAGGAGCUUUAACAAACAUUAAUAUUGCAUGCACAUUAUGGUUUUACUGCAAAAAAAUGAAUUUUGCACGAAAACGACAGACUGUCAAUGACAGAGACAGCCACUGAAAAUGGUAACUACUGAGUUAGAAUACACUGAUGAGGCUUUGCUGCAAAAGAGGGUUCAGUGAGGUUUCAUGUCAGAUCUUAUGGAUUGUAAAAUUAUUUUAAAACUCAUGUCCAGCACAGGGUUUUAGUUUGAUUUAAAGGGUUGAUUGCACAAAAUAUGCAUGGAGGUUAUUGUCUGUAAAGCAGGUUUCCUAGAUGUGAUUUCAACCCUCGGUUUAUUGCCACAUGUUGUUCACCACUCUCUCUCCCUAGUCUCCAAAUCUUUCCACUUUUAAAUGUCUUUAUAUAGUCAAAAUUAACUUUAAAAUGUUAUUUCAUAUAUUUUAAAGAUUAUACUAUAAGAUUAUUUGUGAUUAUGUGUGAGGUUUGGAUAAUUAUCGAUAUUAAGUCCUCAGUUUUGUAAAAAAUCAUCUCCACAGUUUUAGCAACACCAUUCGGUUCCAUUGAAAAUCCACAAACAUGCCGGCGUACCAUGAUUCCACGAGGCCGGGGACUGGUUUCAGAGCAUAUGCAUUCAAAAGAAAAUUCUGAGAAUUACAUGGGUGACAGCCAUGUCUUCUCCUAUUUACUACCUCAUCCAGCCCACUGCAUGCAUUAUGCUGCAGCGUGACAGCAGCAUUUCACAGUUCCUGAGGGAGCUCAGCCCGCCAGCAGCUGAGAAGCUUUCUGGAAGAGGAUUCAUGUCAGUAUUUUUAAGAUGUCUUGUGCAGGUGGAGAACAUCUUUUAAGCAAAAAGACAUUCUGCUUCCUCCUUGUGAAGAAAAGCCAUUAAAGGGAGUCUUCUCCAUCUUCAUUGGGUCUCAGACUUGGCUGAGGAGAACAGUGGAGGCGUUUGUCUGGUCCCACUGAAGUGGAACAUGAACAGGUCCUCUAUCUGGUCCUCUAGUUUUCUCUGCAAAUGGAAAAGCACAAGUGCAGGCUCAGCUUUCUCAAGCUCCACUUUCCCAAGCGUAGUUUGAAAGAAAGUAAUUCUAAGGGAGAGACGUCCUAUCAGAUUCUCUAACAGCUUGGGAGGUAAUGAGAGGACCGGGAGAAAAAGCUGCUUUCCGUACACCAGAUCUCCACUUAUCUCCCCUCACGCCCUGAGUGUAACUUAAACUCACACACACACACGUAAUAUGUACACACACAGACACACACACAGUGCAGUGAUUUGCCCAAAGCAGUAUGUGAGCCAUCGGAGGGAAGUUUUAUUUCAAAAUAGUUUAACGGAUAUACAGAGGGAAGGGUGUUGCUGUGUUGAAUGAUAUAAUGUGACAGUAAGCGUGGGAGUAUCUUCACCGCCGCAGUCAAAACUGAGAAUUCACAAAAACAGAUCAUCAGGAGGGCUGACCUCGUCUUCAGAGCUUGAUUUCAAUUCAUAAAGCAGAGAGAAAACCGCAGUCCUACAGGUGAAAAUGAGGCUCUAGAUACUUGUGUGAAUACGUGGAGUAAUCUGUAUUUACCAUUACCAUUCAGUUCUGACUUUUGGGGGAUUUUUUUGUUUUCCGUUUGGCCGUUCUCAAGCCGGAUCAUUUUAGCCUAUAUAAAACCUCAUAAUGGAUGUCAUAAUGAAGGAUCUAACAGCCUCAGUUGUGAAUUAAGCGUACCAUCCGCUUGUCAUUACUUGUCCAAGCUAGGGAUGCACUGAUCCGCUUUUUCACCUCUGAUACAGAUAUUUACGGUUUAGUAUCGUCCAAUACAGAAAAGCUGUGCUGAAUUACCUAACAAAUGCUCUGUCACAUUGUGUGGGAAAACACUGGGAUCAUUCUUUCAUGCAUCACACUUAACUUAAAAAAAUUUCUUUCUUAUUUUAAAGAAACAAAUAGAUAUAAAUGUACUGAAUUGCUUAUUUAUUAAAAAACGGUGCACCAACUCAACAAUCUUAAACCAAUACCUUCUCUAUCUUGGUUGAACGUAAACCAAAUUACAACUGUAACUGGGUUAGUCGGUGCAAUUAGAAAUAUAAAAUCCAAUGUAAAAUAAAAUAAAAUAAAUAUAAAACAAUGAAUGAGCUCAAAAUGAGAAAAAUAAGCAGUGCCUUCACUUGCUUCGUUGGUAGACAUUCAAAAUAAAGAGCAAUCAGCUCUUUACAACGGUUUAGUGCAAAUAGAAAUUUGCCCUUUUGCUCGCUCCAUUUUGAAAACAAUCUGGGCAACUGCUCAGUGUGUUUAUUUGUGGUGCAUGGCAUAGAGUUUGACUGAAUAGAUUGGCCCCCAUGCAUCGGGCCUCUUAUCCUGAUACCCGAUCUAGAAUUUUCUUCAGCAUCGGGACCGAUUCUGAUACCAAAUAUCAGAUCAGUGCAUCCCUAGUCCAAGCCUUCAAUGACCAAUACCUACCUGUCUUCAAGUUUAAACAAAUAUGAAUAUCAGUUUUACAGGCAAAGCUGAAGGACAGCCAUUCAUUUCUCCUCUCUUUGUCCCUCUGUAGAGUUAAAGUCCACCGGCACGGCUCACCACUUCUCCUUUCUCCUGAACUCCACCGACUAUCGGAUCCUUCGCAUGGACGAGGACCACGACCGCAUGUACGUCGGCAGCAAAGAUUACAUCCUCUCUCUGGAUCUGCACGACAUCAACAAGGAGCCGCUCAUUGUAAGAAGAGUCACAAACACUUCUCCUGGAUGAGCUCCUCACACGUUUGUAUCUAACCAGCUUCUUGAUCUCUUCCUGCCAGAUCCACUGGCCUGUUGCCCCCCAGAGGAAGACUGAAUGUGUGCUGUCGGGGAAAGACACUAAUGUGAGUAUUUAUGGCAGCAUUUUCAUUAUUCGAGAGGGUGCUUGGGUAACUUCUUCCACUGUUUUACCCCUAGCAUUGUUUGGGCUUAAAGAGUUUUCAGGAUGUGCUGAUUCUGGUGACCUCUUUUAACAAAAGCGGUGAUAUUUUUUCCAGGAUGACGACUGCAUUUCUCCUGAGUAUCAUCACACAGUCAUAAAUGUGGCUCUUGCCAAAGCACGUAUUUGUUGUGGAAGCAAACGAUAUCAAUCUUCUUUUUUACAGUAUUUUUCUUGGUUCAAGGCGGCUUUUAGCAGAAGGUAGAAUGAUGGGGUAAUGCAAUGAUUUAUAACUAGCCGGAACGAUUGAAUCCUACGCAACAAAACAAAAAUGUUCAACUCUGAUUUAUUCACGUUAGCUAUUUGGCAUACAGUUGUAAUAUUACCCAUAGUAACCUUUUUAUGAUGUGUGCAUGUGUGUCCAAUAAACUGUAUAUAGAAUGGAUGCCGUCUGCCUCCUCGCUAGGGGGAGGCCACUCCAAGAACAGCACCCUCUGUUGAUGGGCUGCAGUAUAGGUCAUAAAUCCCGCCUCCUCCAGCAAUCCCUAUGGAGCUGUGGACAAACUUUAGAAAUUUAUUACACAGAAUAGUAAUUUUUCUCCCCCCUGCUUGUGAUGUUGACAUGUAGUUACUGUAAGACUGGUUUGUGUUCAAGUCCUCUUUUUUCUGUACAGCUCCAUUUUUAAAAGUUAUUAGGGGGUUCAUGUUUUCUAUGAUUGACACUUGAUACAACCCAUGGGUGUACGAAAAUUGCGUAGCUCACCCAGGGGUUACGCCGUUUGAGCCGAGGGUCAUCACAGCGACUCUAGCGCCGAAUGCACACAAUGCUACUGCGCAAUGUCGGUUUCAGGAAAUGAAGAAAAAUCACGGAAAUACAGAGAGCUUUUACGGCUUCAAAUCUGUAUACUGGCUGAAGGCGGAACCGAGUUGUCUAUAGUAUACAGUCUAUGGUGUGUCCCAAUAAAUUAUCAAAUGAUAGAAACAGAGACACUCAGUACGUUUACAUGAGAAAAACGAAUUAUUGCCUCACUCCGAUUAAGAUCUGACAACUGAAGUGCAUGUUAACACCUUAGUACGACUCCAAUCGGAGUUUCAAACUCCGAUUAAAGUCGGGGAACUCUGAUUAAGACACCCAGAUAAUGCGAUCAGAAUUCGAUUUUCUCCACCAUGUAACCAGCGUAGUUGCAGUAUGAUAGGAAAAUGCAUGUGCGCGUGCGCCACGCCUCCGUAACCCCGGAACAAAAAAAACAGAGAAGAGGAGUCGUGUGCAUCUCAUCUGCAGAAAAAGUAGCGCGUACAUCAUGUAAGACAAAAACAAGGCUGUACGAUGCUCCAUCUUCUUGCUCGAAAAUGCCCAGCAGCAGCUGUAGACACUUCUGACAUCUGGCACGGACUUGCUGUUGUUGUUGGGUCAACCAGACACAUCACCGCUGAAAAGACCUAUAUCACCCCCUAGUUUUGGGGAGGAGGACAUGUUCACGUUAAUAAUUCAAUUUUCUCAGCUGCAUUUAUACUUGGACAAGGGUAUAAGUCAGAUUUGGCGAAAAAAAAAAAAUUUAUGAACUUAGUCCGAUUAAGCUGCGCGUGUAAUCGCACUGACUGUUAAUCACAUGCUAUAAAAAAUAUUGAAUUAUUUCAAAGCAGACUUUUUGUGUCUGAAAUAAGAGUUUAACAAACCAAAAAAACAUCUUCCUCUGUCGACCCCUGAAAUUCUUUAAUUUUUUGCAGAACUUAAAAUCAAACAGUCAGUGAUCAAUACCAAGCACUGCAAGGAAAAAUAAUAAGUAAUUCACCACUUUUUAAUAACAUCUUGUCCUCUGUGACCUGCUGCACAUUCAGAGAUUAGUUUAUUGGCAGCCAUCCUCGUGGGAAUCUCAGCGGUGUGGGUGUGUUUUUUGCUGUGUGUCUUAUUAGCAUCACUUUGGAUCUGAAUCUACCUCUUGGGUCCAUAUUCUUUCCAGUAUGCUUCUCGCUGUGAAGCCCUUAUUUACUGUCUCUGCAUCCCUGAUUGCUGAUUGCGUACAGCUGCUACCAAUUAAGCGGCAGCAGGAAGCUGGAACAUGCAAAACAUUCAGUCGUCGUUAGCGAGAGCUGAAAACAUAUUCAAUGCACAUACCCGACUCAUGUCAUUGAUAUUUCUGGUUUUUAGCAUAAUCUAAUUUUCUCUUUGCAUGAUUAUUAUCUUUUAUCCUUUGUUGUCUGGACUGACACUGAAAAUAAAUUAGUCACUGAAGCUGCAGGCCUGUCUGAAGUGUUAAUACGAUUCAGACAUUCAAACACAGCCACUGCCCGCCCACCAGGAAACUCAUCAUUGAAAUUCAUAUAAAAACCUUCUCUUUUGAUUUGGUUCACACAUGCUGACCCCCCUCCUCCUGAAACACACACACACAUACAUGCUCAUCUCUCCUGUGUAAGAGGUGAGGACAGGCAGGAGCGGUGAUGAGGAGUGGGCUAAUAACCCCGAUCUCCCCUGCUGGUAGAAAGCGCCGGUUGCUGUUUAUCCAACUGGAAUGUUCAUUUAUGUGUGUUUGGUGACCCGCACCUCCCACUGCCUCUGGCUACAUCGAAUUGGCCUCUGUAUCUUAGCGUGUGCAGGUAUAGUAGAGCAUGUAUGUGUGUGUUUGAGCCGGGUUUGAAAUUUCAUCACUAAAUAAGGAAUAAAAUUGGCUUUGGGACACCUUGGCGCGAUCUGAGACGCUCUUUUGGGAAUGACAGAUGAAGACAAUUCGAAAGCAAUUCAGAGGGGAUGUUGGUUCAGGCGGGAGGUCAGAGGCAAUCAUUCCCACUGUGCUCUCUGCGGGGGAACACAACUAUGUGCUGAAUAAUACACACAGGCUCACACACACACAAGCACAUCCUCUCAAACCUCUGACGUGUGUGUCUGUCACACCGUCUGAAUAUCUCAUCCCCUCAUCCAGCAUAUAAUCUUUUUUUUUUUUAUGCUUGGUACAUCCUUUCUUUUUUGCCAGCUGUCACCAGCAGCCAAACAAAUCUGAACAGAUAUCAUCAGACUGUACAUUUCGGUCGCUGGAGUUUUGAUUUGGUCGGAUUGAGAGCAGGAAGGCACACAGCUGGCCAGAGAGAGAGAAAAAAAUCAAGAUUAGAGAGCUGUAGACCUCGAAAGCAGAGAGACCUUUUAAUAGCAGAGCCUCUUUGUCUGCAAUAUCCUUGAAUUAAAAUCCUGAGUAAACCACAUUGUUUUGAGUGUUCAGAAAGUCCACAAACAGCAAGCAUGUCUUUGUGUCUUCCUCUUAAAAAACCCUAAUUGGAUUUUUAAAUCUUAUGUUUCUGAAAAACCUAAAUUUUCACUUAGCAGUCCUUUUUGGUCUAACCAGAAUGUUUUUCAGUUGUCAGAUCUGACAGAACAUUAAAUUGGUUUUACCCUCAAUCCCCGCAGACAAAACAUACUCCACCAUUCAGAGGCUCUGCUUUUCUUGGUUUCUGCCACACAGUUAUAUGGUGUUUGGAAACAUUUCUCUCUCUGACAGUGUGGUCUGAUGUGAAGCCAGGGCCAGACUGACACUCAGAGCCAGAGAGCAGAGCUGCCAAACACAAGGCAGCCAACAGUGGAGAUGAUAGAUGUGAUGGUUUGAAGCCAAGAAGAGGGGCUAUUAACCACCAGUGGGGUAUUUUGUGUUGUGUAACCUUCUCUGGUUUGAUUUCUGCUAUCAGAAGUUGCUUUUUAACUUGUGCCCUUAAUCUUGUUUGGUUUGUUUGAGUUCAGUUUCAUUUUUUAGUUUCACACACAUAAAAAUAAACAAGAAAUUAGAAAAACAUGAAUUUUGUCGUAGCAGUACCAAACUGCAACUUUUGUGCUGAAAAAUUUAGAGUGUGGAAAUGCAGAAGACUGCAGUCCCUCAAGUCCAUUUUAGCCCGACUUAAGGUCGUUAAACGCCGGGACUCGAUGCAAAUAUCUGAUGUGAAAUUACGAAAUUUUCGGAGGAGAAUUUUGACGUGUCUGACUAUUUUGCGACUUUCCGGGAGGGAAAAAAGUCACGUCUCGGAUGGAAGCGAGAAGACUGACACAACGCCAGACUGACUGUUUUUCAGUUCUGAUUAGACACUAGUGUUGAGAUGUCUGUCUGUCAUGAUCGCAUGUACUGAGUCGGGGCCAGUGCCAGAUAAGCACAUUAAACUAUAAUCCAUAAACGUAAGGUAACAACCAAGACCUAAUGGUGCUGUGAGAGCAACACAAUUGAGUUUGAGACAGUGAAAAUACAUAUGGUAUGUUGUAUCCGAACAGGUUAGCUUACGAGCUAAAGUUACUUAGCACAGAUGAAAGUGAAAACAAAGACGUUUAGCAAACUGUUAAAGCACACAAACCAUCGUCAUAUGAGAGAUCCGACGCUAUGACUCUCCACAAGUUGUCCUUCAGGUCGUUAUCUUUGUAAUAUUUGUGUCUUUUAUCAAAAAUCACUCUGUUCUCGAACACGUAAACAAUCAGCCAGUCGGCCAUGUUGGAUAUACCGGUGGAUCUGACGUCGCAACACGCAAUCUGAUUGGUCAGAAGUGGACACACAGUAUGCGAAACAUUACAAAAUUCGACCGUGAUACGAAAAAAUAAAUGCUGCAAUAUCGCAGGAUGGGAAAACAUCGCUGAUGUGAACGCUUGUAUUGACAGACUAAGGGUUAGAAAAAAUAUUGACGUCCGAAACAAUCACAUGAAAAAACGCUUCUGGUGAGAAAGGACCUUAAAAAAACUCUUCAGCAUCCAAUGUCAAAAUGCCCAUUUUUACAUGUUCCUUAAAGUGGACAUCUGCUUACAGAGAAUUUCUGUUUAUAUAGACGGGUUUCUGUGCAACGUCAUCGCAGGUAUGCGCACGCAGCCUUGGAGCAGAAAGCAGGACAUUUCUUAAUGGCACAUGCAAUUUUUUAAGUUUGCACAGGCAUCUAUCUAGGGUCUUAGUAGAUCAGGCCCUGAGAUUACAGAUUAAAUCUCGUAAGAUAAUGUUGAGCUACUGAUUAAAAACUGACUUUGAAAGUUUUCUUCUUAUAUUUUCUUUAAAUAAUCAACAGCUGCCAUUUUUCUCUCUCUCUCUUAGGGGGAGUGUGGAAACUUUAUCCGACUGAUUGAACCGUGGAACCGCACCCACCUGUAUGUCUGCGGAACCGGUGCAUACAACCCCAUCUGCACCUACGUGGACCGAGGACGCAGGUCACAGGUAACCAAAGACAACCCGGGGGUAACCACAGAGACAUUUUGACCUUUCUCUCCAAUCUUCUUUUUAAACCUAUCUGUCAAUCAAUCUCGGGUCAGCGAAUCUCCUUCUGCUCUUGCUCCUGUGUUUUAUUCGCUCUUCUUCUCUUCGAUUUUUUUCUCUGCCCCUUUACUUUCAUCAAUCGGUGCUGUUUCACGGUCUGGGAGACUCCAAAGACAUAUCUCAUGGCCAGCCGUUUCUAAAUCUCUAUUAUUAUUGCAGUUGAGGUACCUGACUACCACCACUUAGAGAUCUUUGAGGCACCAAUCUUCUCUGUUACCCCUGACAAAAUUACAUUGGCAUUUUAUCGAUAGCAAAUAUCUUUGCUCCCCCCUCCCCCCUUCACCUGUUUCCACACAGCGGGGUCUGUGGCCUGUCUUUUUCUCUGGCUGAGAGCCCCUGAAAGGCCAUCAUUACCUAUAGAGCCUCUCAUCCAUCAUCAGCCUUGUAGCUCUGCCCUCCCUACGUCCCUUCCUCCAUUCCUCCCUCCUUCCUUCCAUCUCUUCUCGCUCCUUCACGGCUCCGCAGAGCGGCAGCAGCUGCUCCGUAUAGUCAGCGCACACUCUCAUUCACCACUCCGCCUGUUUAGUCUCACUGUUUGAACGCAGGCUUCACAUUUCAAUGUAAAGGUCAGUUCGCCUCUUGUCAUUCGGCUUCUCCCUGAAGGAUUAAAUGUUAUGUGACUUCACACGGUAAAGAUUUUCUUUGGUGGCAGUAGAUGUAAACAGAAACCAAUUGUUGAUGAGUUCUCAGCAGUGGUACUAUGAUACGAUUGUAGUAUUUUCACGUUUAAUGUGUCACUUCCUGCCUUUGGAUGCUGUUAAAAAACUUUUUUGUGUAGGGUUUUUGAGACAUAUUGAGUCCUGCAUCAAAAGUCUUCACUUAAAGGGAUAUUCCGUUGUAAAAUUAAGUUAUGGUCAAACACAUCGCAACACUAAAUUAGACACCCCGUCGAGGGAUGAAUGUUGCCCACCGCUUGCUUUUCUAGUUAUACCAACUUUAGUAACGACCCACUCUCUUCCAACAGCCGCUUGUUUGUACGGAGACCUCGGACCAGUCCAUCACCGAGUGUAGCGGAGUUUCGCAGCUCAAGGAAGAACAUUUAUGAUCAUUACUUUAUCAUUUCCUUGAAGUAUUAAUCACCAUAUUAAUCAUUUUGCGCUGCAGACGCUGUAGUUCUUCUGCCUUAGCGUCUCGGUCUGAUUGCAUUUCCAUGAAGAAAUGUUCUUCUUUGAGCUGUGUCACCCCACUGCAGUCGGUGAUCAACUCGUCCAAGGUCUCGCUACAAACAAGCGGCUGGUAGAAGAGAGUGGGUGAGUUGUGUUUAGUCUCUUUGCUAGAGAAAUCAGGCAAAGCUAAAAAGAUGUUUGGUGGCUAGUACGAUGGCUGGGACCCUUUAUGUACUGUUGAUGAAGUUAGUUGCUGUUCUGAGCAUUAUGUGUGGCUAAAAAUUGGCUUUUUGGUUGAGUGUGUGGCUCCAGAGACCGCUGUGUAUUGCUAUCGUGCGGUCAUUACUAAAGUUGGUAUAACUAAAGAAGCAAACGUUCAUCUCUCGACAGGUUGACUAACUCAGUGUUCCAGUAUGUUUGACCCUAAAUCAAUUUUAUGCCAGAAUAUCCCUUUAACUUUUUUUAUCAAGAUUUAAAAAAACAGUAGAUGGUAACAUUUUGGAGAUCGUUUCAGUGCUGUAUGUCAAAUGAAUUUUUUGACCCUCACUGUCAGUCAAUAGUUUCCAGUCUAUAUUCCUGUUUUGUUUUAUUGCUUCAUUUUUUCCACACCAACAAAGGCUCUGCAUCCUCAUUGUAUUAGCUUGUUUUCCCAGCAUGGUUAACGCAUGCAGCUGUGUUUGCAUGACACUGAGUCUAAUCCAACAUGGUUACUAAAAUGAUAAAUGUCACUCACCAGGCUCUCUUCACUCUACUUUGACCUUCACUUCGACAUUUUUACUUCUUUUCCAGAUUUGUUCUCUCUGUUGAGUCAACUUUUUUUUUUCCAGCCCUUAUGUUUUCACUCUUCUGUUUCUAUCUUGGCCGCCUUCGAGUCAAGCCUAUUUUUCCUUCCGAGAAUUACAUAAUGAGAUGGCCCAAUGUGCCAUGUUUCUGUUCUAGGGGUCCCACUAUCUACAGGCACCCCAGUCUGGAGGGAGAACGAGUCGGGCAGCAGACUACAGCGCUCCAUCAGAGCCUUUGGAGGCAAAGGUGGGCUGGAGGACGUUUUGUACUUUGGUGUCCUCCUGGAGAACUUUUUUUACUCCCAGCUGUGGUUGAAGAAAUCGUACAAGAAAGAAAGAAAGAUACAGGCUCCCGAUAAACCUGGUGCAAGAAAAUAGCUUGAUGAAGAGCUAAAACUCCAAAUCUCUACUUUAGACAUAAAAACUGCCUUUUUAAUAUCCUUUUAUUUUUAAUAUCCUUUAUUUUUUUUAUGUAAUGAAAAAAGAAAAGGUUCAAAACACAUUUUUGUGACUUUUACUUCCUUUUUUUUUGUAACAGUCAGAAGUUUUGUGAGCUUUCAGUUUGUAAAAAUAAUAUAUAUUUACUACGAAAAAGGAUUAGGGCCACAUGGAGAGAAAAAAUGUAAUUACAGGAAGGAGAUUAAAGAUAAAGUUUUGAGAUUAAAAAAUCAAAAUUAUGUCAAUAAAGUUGAAAUUUUUUUGAUUACAAAAUGUUGUGAAUAAUGUCAAAAUUUGAGAUAAAAAAAGUGAAAUUUUGAGACUAAAAUCUAAAUUUCAACUUUAUUCAUGUAAUUUCGAUAUUUUUAAUCUCAAAAUUUCAAUUUAAAUGCCAAAAUUUUGAUGUUUUUUAUUUCACCUUUUUUAAAUUUCAACUUUUAUCUCGAAUUUUCGACUUUUAUUUUGAAGUGGAAAUUUAAAAAAUCUCCCUCCUGUAAUUAUUUUUUUCUCCUCUUGUGGCCUGAAUCCUCUUUCAUAAGUUACAGAUGGGAAAAACACUAAUAUUUUAGAUUUAAGUACAACACUCUUAGCAAAAUUUGGAGAGUUGUGAGUAUAAUAGUUGCAACCUUUGUGUUUGAUUUAUUUUUGAGUUUUCACAAAUGGUUUUCAUCGACACAGACAUUUGACGAUACUGUAUCUUCUUCCUCGAAAGAAAAAAACAUCUGAGAAAAAGUCAGAAAAGCAGCUUUGACAUUUUUCUGCUUCCCCUCACAUAUUUUCUACCUGUCAGGCAUCAUCAGCCAGCUUUGAAGUGCCCGACAAAACUCCAUGUAGACACAUACCGAGUGUUGACACAGAUGUUCAAGAUGUCCUCUUGCACUCUCGUGGAAUAAUGAAUUCUUGUUUGAGCCUCUAACAUCAGAAGCAUGCUGGAUGAGUUUUUGGAUUGCUCUCAGCAUUUUCCCUCUCACAGAUAACUGGCUUUGUGUUUUUGUUCCCCUCAGCAGAUCCAACAGUGCUGUGAAAAAGGGAGAGAGAGUCUGUUUAGGGUCACAGUUCGUCAUUGUUGCUAUGUCUCUACACUGAUCGCAUUAUUUAGUUUGAUGUUACCGCUUUUAACAUCUAAAUAUACUCAAAGUGCCUUUUACAGCACACGCUGCCUUAAAAGAAUAAUCUCUCCCUGGAUACAAAACAAAUCCUCAAACACUUUUGAUUUCUGUAAUCGCAUUUGAAAGUACAAAAUGAAAACUAAUUAUGACUUUUUUCCUAAAUCUUGACCACUACAGGAAUACAUAUUUCGACUUGAACCUGGAAAAGUGGAUUCUGGGAAAGGAAAAUGCCCUUAUGACCCCAAACUGAACAGUGUCUCCGCUUUAAUCAGUAAGUCAAUGUUGUUGUUUUUUCCCCCUCAUAUAACUUUUGCGAAGGUUUCACGACUUAUAAGAAGAGGAUGUCAUAUAUGAGCUGGUGGUUAUGCAAAGUAGGACUCUAACAGACUGAGACAAGACCAGGAUGCACAGCGAAGAAGUCACUAUCGUCUUAAAACUUGUGUUUUUGUCACAUUAUCAACAAGAAGGAGGAAAAUCAUAAACUUGUUAAAUGUGUUGGGCUUCUAUCCAUGGAUUAUUAAAAAUAAAGUGUGUGAUAUAGUUGUUACUGGCUGUACUCAUGUUGUUUAGUGUUUAACCACUUGCAAUCAAGUAUUGAACACAGUCAGGUACGUAGAAAGAAAGCUGGGUAAUUGGAGGGAAACAAAGAAGUUCUGCUAUUUUCUGUUUUAAACCUCCAAAAGUUUGUGUUUGAUAGGACAAAUCCAGUAAAUUUUAUGAAAGCAUUUUUGGUUUUCAACACUUUCUUCUGCUUACAGUUUAAGGAAAAAGAUAACCAAGCAUGUGACAUUAGCUGCUGCCAAGAUAAUGAUCUCAUUCGAUGAAGAGUGAAAGCUUCUAAAUUAGAUUUUUUUUAGAACAGCACAAAAAAUCUUUAUUUAAUCAUUUGUUUUGUCUUACCUCUACAUAUGACAAUUCUGCUGAUUUUCUCUCUGUCAUAUGUUGUAAAGUUGCUGCCAAAGACUUUUUGCCCUAAACUUUUCAGCCUUUGUCCGGUUAUGGUUUAAUCAACAUCUCAGUCGGAUGUGUGCGCUCUCAUCUCAGUGGGUGGUCCAUUGUUGCCGGUAGCUUACAGGUGGUCAGACAUGGUUGUGGAUCACUGACCUCCUGCCCCACAUUCAAGUGUGUGCACAUAGAGAGAGGAGGAGGAGAAAUGCUAUCUUCUGCUUCACAGUGUCAGCUCAUUUCUCGCUUAUCCAAGAAAACCUUUUUCUGCUUAGAAAAUCAGCCACAGGUUGACUUUAAACUAACCACAGGGCAGAGGAAAAACCACACAGGACAACAGAGGACAGAAGUUGGACUUUCCCUGGUUUUGGUGUUUGAAGAUGCUGACCCUCACUGCCAUCUUUAAAGCAAUUCUUACAUACUUUCCUGAUUUUUUUAAAGUUGGUGGGAGUUAAAAGAGGUCAUGCUCAUGAGUACUUUUAUAUGAUAUGAGCUUGAAGCUUAAUUACAUUGAGAUAUCAAGAGAAACAACAGGAAAGCUUGUUUUUUCUUCUGCCAAUCUUAAUGUUUAUAAGAUGUAAACAUUAACAGUGGGAGAAGAAAUCAAUACAGCAUAGUAUCACGAUAUUUUGUCUGGUGAUAUAUUGUAUCGUCUCAUUUACCGAGUACUGAUUUUUCAAAUUAAUUGUUAAUAUGAAGUCAAAUCUAUAAUAAUGGAAAAAUAAAAUCAACUGUUUGUCCAGUGAGGUUGGCAGAGGUGAGAACCUGACACACAAGGUUUGCAAGAUGUGCAACAUGAAAAUAAAAUAUUGUGUAAAGAAGACAAACAAUAAAGGAGAGACAAAUGCUAGAUCAGCUUAACAUUCAAUAAAAUUGUGUAAAUCCCAAUGUGUGGUUUUGCAGUACUCACUGUAUUGCAAAAUGUUAAAAAUCUCGAUAAUAUCGUAAUGUGGCUCAAGUAUCGUGAUAAUAUCGUAUCGUGGGGCCACUAGUGAUUCCCACCCUUAAUAUAAAAUCAGUGAGACUAGAUGACAUCUGCAGCAGCUGGAAAUGUGAGUGAAAAAAAGUCAAAAUGAGAUCCAAUCAAACUGCCAAUGAUCAAUUAACUCCGUCUUCUGGAGCGAUCAGCCUGCACAUAAUAAUCAGUAAUCAUUGUGAUGAAAUAACAUCACAAUGAUUAAUGAUUAUUCCUACUUUCAUACAUUAUAAAAUCACCCUUCAUUGUUACAAACUUAAUCUUGUUUAACUUGGAAUUAGUGAAAAUACUUAAAAAAUAUUGUACUAACAGACUCAUUAGGCAGGUGGUAGUUAAAACGCUUCCAUAUCGAGCUUUAAUUGACCUUUCACAGUCGUGUCUUGAUUAAAUAUUUUAAAACCAACCGUCCUUUACAAUCAAACUGUUUGGCCAAGAUUACAAUUACAAGAAAAUCGUAGGAUCAACAUUUUUAAGUAAAAGAUAACUAUCCCACGCCAAAAGAGCAGAUUGCUGUUGUUGUUAAAUGAAAUGAUAAUCAUCAGUCAUUAUAAAAACUCAAAACUGCAUACCACAGCUGCUGAAGAGCAUCAGUUUGAUUUAAUGAACUCUGAAGGAAUGAUUCACCGUUUUAAUGAGGACGUGGUAGACAAUGUGUUCACCGCGGUAACCUGGAGAGUUUGUCAUCCGUCGUGACUUCACCUCUGUAUCAACCUUCCUUUCCUUUCUCUUGUUGUGACUGACAGACGGAGAGCUGUACGCAGGAGUCUACAUCGAUUUCAUGGGAACAGACUCGGCUAUCUUCCGUACACUGGGGAAGCAGACAGCCAUGAGGACGGAUCAGUACAACUCCAGAUGGUUAAACGGUAAUUUCUCAAGUCACAGCUUGAACUGCAUCCAGCGCUCAUUCUUCGACUCAUCUCUUUCCAGAUCAGGAUAAUUUGUUCUUGAGCUCCUGAAGUGAAUGACUCUAAUGUCUCAUUUGUUACUUCAGUACCACCCUGUGCAGCUUUCACUCCUUCUAGGGAAAAGAUAGUCGAUCUUUACGGCCUGCUCUCUAGGACCACAUGACCAUUUCACUCAAGGCAUAAAAUACAUUACACUAAUUGUUGAUAGCACGCCUGUAGCGCCCGUGGGUUAGGUCAUCAGGGUAGCGGUGGAGGGAAAAUGUUAAAUGUCAAUAAUUACUCAGAGUUGCCUCUGCUUGCUAAUGAUCCAUGAUUUCCACAGUGUUAUAAAUGCCAGUUGGGGGGCGUUGGGUUCAUGUUGCCAAACCCUGCUCAGUGUUUCCCAGAUUUUCCUUUGACCCUGUUGCCCUGACAACAGUCCCAUGACAGUGGUACACCGAAUCAGGACACCUGAGUCCUGCUAAUCAGCCAUGUGGAAUCCCACAGAUAUUCCCCAUCCCCCCCUGUCACAUUGUCCCCUUACUCCUCUCCUAGUUUUGAUUUGUCCUCAUUUGGGACCCUGGUAGCAGUGGGGAGGGGCCCUCUGUGUGGCGUGUCCAGCAGUGACCCACUAAGUCAACCAGUGGGAGCGCGCUGUGAUGCCAUUUUGAGCGUUGUCACUAGGAAGAAUUAAAGGGGUGGGCAUAGGAAUUGGGUUAAAGUGCUGUUUUUUGGCUCCAGGCUAGUAUUGCACGUAGUUCAUUGUCACAGCUGUAAUCAUCCUGGAUAGAUUUCUGCCUCGUGCAUUCCCUCUCUUAGAGUUAGGAUAAUAUUUCUGGAUAAAAAUCAUAAACCAUAUCUCAGACCUGCAGGUGAUUAGUUUACUUUUUUAACUUUAUUUUUAUGAAUUCAUUCAGUUUUUAAAAAUACUUGUAAAGUGUGAAAUAAAGGAAAAGAACUAGAAAAGAACAGGAAAGGAAAGGCACAGAUGGAAAAAUAUACAUACAAAUAUAUAUUGUUACACAGGGAGAGAAGAAUCAUCGUAACAGUGCAUACGUUUCAAGAGGUAGGUCCAGGGUUUAGAGAUAUUUCAGUCAUUUUUCUUCCAUUUGUCCAUAGUUUGUCCUUCAUAUCAAACAGGACACGCGGCACAGUGGUGUAAUGGUUAGCACUGUUGCCUCACAGCAAAACGGUCCUGAGUUCAAAUCGAGGUCAGGGCGUUUCUGUGUGGAGUUUGCAUGUUCUCCCUGUGUCUGCGUGGGUUUACUCCAGUUUUCUCCCACAUCCCAAAAACAUGCAAGAGUGGGGUUAGGUUAAUUGGCCACUUUCAAAUUGCCCUGUAGGUGUGAGUGUGAGCAUGGAUGGUUGUUCGUCUCUAUGUGUCAGCCCUGCGAUGAACUGGUGACUUGUCCAGGGUGUCCCCUGCCUUCGCCUGAAGAUGCUGGGAUAGGCUCUAGCUCCCCUGCGACCCCUAACGGGAAUAAGCGGUAGAAAAUGGAUGGAUGGAUGGCUAGAUCAAACAGGACAGAUAUAUCCUCACUCUAGUGCCCAACAGUACCCAGAGAGCAUAUCAAAAAAGACAGUAGGGGGCACUGUACUCGAGCAUAAAAGAAACUAAGGGGAAAAAAAAUGAAACAGAGCACAUAAUGAGUUGUCAUUAACAGCGUCCUGGUGUGAUAAAAUGACAUCCUUUUAAGCUGUGAGGUCCAGUUAAACCUGCUUCCAAAUGUUAACUCUUCAGUAGAGCCCACUUUGUGUUUUUUUACAUUUGUUAGUCUGGAUCAGAUCUCGUUCUGUUUUCACUGCAAAAUGUUUGAAUGAUGCAAAGUAAAACCACACAAACCCAGCGGGAAAAAAGGCGAGAAAAACACAGAUUUUCUCAACACAGCUGAAGUGCUCUGGGCCUGCAGGGGGCGCCAAGUAGCAGGGAGCUAGUUUUACUAAGAUAAUAACCUACAAAGUAUAUUUUGUAUUUUUAUACGCUUUUGAGUUGUAUGGUUUUUUGACCAUUCAGCCUGUUCCUGCAGAGUAAAAUGUUUUAUAUGACCCUGGUCCCCGAUCUAACUCCUUUUAAGUCUGCGAAUUUGGUUGCAACAUGACCCACAACACCGCUAAUGCUCUCUCUGUCUCGUUUUCUUUUCAUACAGACCCCACAUUUGUCCACGCACACCUCAUCCCAGAUAGCGCCGAAAAGAAUGAUGACAAGCUCUACUUCUUCUUCCGUGAAAAAGCCUCCGAGAUGGGCCAGAGUCCCAUGACCCAGUCCAGGAUAGGGCGGAUCUGCCUGGUGAGUUAUCACACCAGUCAGCGAGCCUCACGUUGAUCAUCACGGCUGAAAGGUUUAUGCGUCUCCGUGGUGGUUAGUUAUAGCCUCGUAGUCUCUUAGAAGGUCAUUGAGGAAGUUUUUGGUGAUCCUCUGUAGUUGCUGAGUGAAACCAGUCACACUCACCAGUUACAAGUCAAGAAAUCAAAUCUUUUGUUUGUAUCGUGUGAUUUUGUGUUGCUUAAGGAAAUAAUUGACCACCAGAGUUUACUUUGGUCCAUAUCGGGCAACUUGAAAAAACAAUCAAACAAUUUGAUAUGAAACCAUCCUUUAUGGUUUCAAGGAUUAUGGAUAAUAAUCAUCAAUAGCCAUGCCAGUGACUCUUGUGGGUGUAGAUGUGUAUUAAAAUGCCUCCUUUAAUCCCACUGAACAUUUUUGGGUCUAAAAGAGGUAAAAAAGACAUUGAAAUGUAGCCUAGAUGACUGGUCUAAAAUCAGGGUACCGCAGGUUUAAAAAUGAAAGUUUUUUAGACGUCUAAAUUUAGACCAAGUUUAAACCAAGUCUAAAUCUGGGCUUUAUCUAUACUACACAGUAUAUUGCUCAACAGCUAUCAUAAUUAUUUUGGUGAAGUUUGGAGAUCAGUUAUGCAACUCACAGUUGCUUUUAGAAAUAAGUAGUAAUUGAAUAAUGGGUUAAAGUGCAACGUCUUAAUUCCAUCUAAAAAUAUAUAGAAUCUAGACGGUUGAAAUUAGGACUAAAAGAAAAACUAGACAUUUAAUAGCCGCCUAUUGCUCAGUGGGAUCAGCAUGCGAACAUGAUAGCAAUGACAGUGCUAAGGCCUAAGUCAAAUAUAUGUACAAUCUUAUCCAUGCUCAACUUUUACAUAAGUGAAUCAAGCUUCCCUUAUUUGCCUAAAUAUGAAAUGUUAAAGGGAUUUUCCGGCGUAGGUUUAAGUCACCAAGUUAGACACCCCCUCGAGAGAUUAAUUUUGCCAACUGCUUGCUUCUCUAGUUAUACCAACUUCAACAACAACCAUAUGAUAGCAAAACACAGUGGUCUACAUCUCAACGCGCAUACCGCAACCAAAAAGCCACUUGAAGCUACAAAUAAUGCUCAGAACAGCACCUAACUUCAUCAACAGUACAUAUAGGGUCCCAGCCACAGUACUAGCCAUCAAACAUCUUUUUAACUUUGCCUGAUUUCUUUAGCAAAGAGACUAACGCAACCCACCCACUCUCCUCUCGGAAUAUCCCUUUAAGGCCGAUAGUAAUGUCAUUUAGAUGAAAGAUGGUGAAAAAAAGUUGUUUUUAUGUAUUUAUUUAUUUAUUUUGACAGUUAAUCCUCAGGGAUUAUGAAUAUCCCCACCAAAUCUUACAUAACAUGUUUUUUCAGCAACAACUUCAAUGUGUUGCAACUCCAAAUUCAAUGUGGUGCUGAGGAACAAGUCAAAGAAUCACCUAAAUUAUCUUGACACAUUUUAAGGAACUUGCACAGUCCAUCUUAUAAUGAAUCUUAGUGACAAAACAUCAAAUAUAUGUCAAUGUUUCUGACUAAGUGAAAAGUUUGAUAUGCAUUUGGCAGUACAGCAACACCACACAUAUUCAACUUAUCUUCCAGGAAACUUAAAAAGUCUUUCACAACUUUCAUGACAGUUUAAUUUUAAGCUGUUCAAGAUGACAGGUUUUAGUUUCUGGGAAAGAUUUCUGUGCCCUUUUGGAGCCGGGUCUGUUUUUUCUCAGACCAUCCUCUGCAGCCAGUCCAGUCCAGUGAAUUAACGUGAUAUUUUAUUUAUUAUCUAUUUAACUCAACAUAAUUUGAAAAGCAGCUUAGUUUUAUGCAGCUUGUGUCAGAAUUGCACCCUAUAGGGUCAUGCCAUUGCUUUAUAACUGGAAAAAAAAAGGUCAGAUCAUUUUCAUGUUUCUGGAAGAACUUUAAACUUAAUUCUAUUUCACCAAAGACCUCGAACAUCUGACUUUUUUUCUCUCUUCCUUGAUUUCACAGUAGAUAAAGAUAGACACUAAAUGUCUUCCAGCUCUGCAAAUUUGGACUGUGUACAUUGAGUUAGGUUCCAGCCCAUGAAUCAUUUUCCCACAGCUUGAGUCCUUACCUCAGCAGUAGUCGUUGGCUGACCUCCUGUGCAGAUGGGCCAAGCUGAAGCACAGAGCUGAUCUUUAUUCACACUGGCGCAGUAACAACAGAGCCGAUGCAGUUAGUUUAGACAGUUGUUUCAAACAGCUGGUGGUCAGACGUUGGUCAGACGCUGAAGACAUGACGACUGUCUUUCUCCACACAGAACGAUGACGGUGGACACUGCUGUCUGGUCAACAAGUGGAGCACGUUUCUGAAAGCUCGGCUCAUCUGCUCGGUGCCAGGAGCUGACGGCAUCGAGACGCACUUUGAUGAACUGAGUGAGUUUGAAAUAUUACGUCUCCUUGAGCUUGUUGACCCUUUCAGAACACGUGUGGCGCUUUCUUUCAUCUCCGCACACCACCCAGGUGUAUCUUUUAUCCGCCACCUGUUGGUUAAUAAGCUUCUGGUAAGUGCUUGUAAUCGAGGGUAACUUCAAAGCCGAAUAUCUUCAAUACUCGAUGUUUUGCUUUUGCAGAUCAAAUAACCCAAUUCGGAAAAUAUUUAACACAUCUGCUCAGAGUUGGUGUGAAGCAUGCAGUGAAUAAAGGCGUGACCUGAGAGACAAAAUGGCAGCUGGAAAGUGCGAAUCCUUACAGAAGCCUUUAACUAAAAUCCUAAAAAGGGUCUGCAGAUGGUAGGCUUGUUGACAGAUUGAGCGCCAACAACUUUCUCAUUUUUCAGGGCUCUCAUCACAUUCUGCCCUCCCAUUGGCUUUGCAUAUUUUCACCAUUAUGUCACAGUUUAAAGACUCGAAACAUCUCCUCAGAUUUUGCAGCAGCUCACUCCCCCGUACACGAGGGCACAUGUGCAGCGUUUACAGCAGCACGUAUCUGCUUAUGUGAAGAAUCCCAGGGAGCUGCAGCUUUAGAUUAAGGUAUCACUGACUCAUACAUGUUAAGCCUGACACGCCUGCUUCUUUUGAACAUCAACAUGGCUCCGAGGAGUGCUAUAACAUCUGCAAAGGUAACACCCCGACUGCAAUACCGGGCGCACUCCGCUCUCAAGAAGCAUCACCAUGUUACAGCAGAGAAUCUGAACCAGAGAGAGAAAGCCGAACACACACACGCACACCGAGUAAUCAAAGUAAUGAGCAGCUGGGAUCAGUCCGACCCCCUGUGGAUCAUCCCGGCCUGUCCGUCACUCACAUGACUGACAGGAUUAAAGAGGGAUUUGUAGUAUCCUUGAAAUUCUAAUGACUGCUGGUAUGAGCAGCAAAUCUUUCACUACUUUCUGCUGGAUUUUAGAAAAAAAAAACUGUUACAUUACUGUGUAUGAAUCACUUAUUUCACCGACAGAAAGGUUUUGAAUUUGAUUUUAAUUUCCACAGAAAGCUUAAAAAACAAAUCUUGUGCCAUCUUUUUUUUCUCCAGAUAAAAGCUGACAGGAUAAAGUCAAACUAAUGUGGCAUUAAAAUCAAUGCUGCACAACACUGGGAGGAGAAUAGAAACAGACAAGACUGAAUACAAUAAAGACAGCCUUAGAUAUAAACUGUGUACGGCAAGAAUCCCUUUUAGCGCUGUACUUUCAUUUAAGCGUGAGUAAGAAAUAACUGCAAACUGAUGCACUUAAUUUACGUUUGAGGCUUUUAAUGUUGAACAAAUUUAAAAAGUGCAUUUGAGUUUAAGUGUAAAAAAUGAUGCAGACAUAGUUAAUUAUAAAUCAGUUUGAAAUCCAACUCCAUACUUUUUUUUUUUACAACUUAAAGUGUUCUCAGUAGUCUUAAGAUUGUCAUUAUGAAGUUUUUAGUUAAAAGUUAGUUAAAAUCGUGUUACCUAUUUCAUUUUCGAGAGCUUUUCUUCUGCAGAGCUCCAGUAGCUUAUUAGCAAUUCGCCUCUGAGUCGUGGGCGGAGACAGCGCUGCUCUGCACACUCCUUUUUACACUAGCUUGUAGCCUAACUUUGCCAGUGUAGUAAAAGUAGCAAAGAACAUAAGAGCUAUUCAGCUCUCAGACACUAUGACUUAAGCGGCAUGAUGAAAGCUAAUAUCAUAAUUAGUUUUUUUAAGAGCAUUGCAAUCUGCUAAAGCACAUGCUUGUUCUGCGAUCAUCCUCUCUAUUUCUCAGAGUCUGGCCUGCAUAGUGGGGCUCAGGGGGCGGAGCUUGGAAUUGUGACAUAGGAAAUCUCACUGUAUCUGAGCCUGCCGUUUGAGUCUGCUAGACGAUUCACAGCGAUUCAAAUGAAGAAAUACUUUUCUCAUGAUAUGUCCUGUAGCAUCAGAAUGUGACCCGAGAGGCUCAGUACAAUCAGCAGGCAAGACAACGACGUAUUGUUAAAAAUAUAUGAUCUUUAUUAAUCAUUUCGAAAUAGAAAAAAUAUAAAAUAUUUUAUUAAUUAUCAUUCAAAGUGGUGUUUCAUUACCCACAGUGCAGGGAAGAGUAACACAGUUUCCAUAAAAACGAGAGACGGAUCACACUGUACAUUCAACAGCUUGCCCUAACCAAAUAAACCCCUAUCAGUACACCGUAGCUGGGCUAAGCAUAUAGACAACAAGAAAAACAUGAUUUUCAUCGGAGUGGGUCUUGUAUUAAAAUGCAUGGACUUACUGCAACACCAUGAAUGACUGAAAUAUAUUUGCCCUUUAUGACACUUUAAAUAAUUCACUUGAAAAACUGCAUCAACCACAGCUAUAAGCCACAUGUAUGUAACAGCCUCUGCUCCUGUGAUGAGGCUUUACUAGAUGCAAAUGUGUAUUAUGCAUUAGCAGCACUCAGUGACAGAAGAGCGCUUCUCUCUCCGGCGUUGCGGCUCUCUUAGUGGUCUAGGUCAGUUGUAAUCUCACUGCAGACGAACACUCACAGUGAGGUCACUUUGAGUCCUGAGGUGCAGCGAACACCCCACAGCUCUGUGGUCGUCCUGCCCACAACCACAGACGGUCUGCUGGAAAUGUUUUCUGUCUCCAGUCCUGCUGGUCCCUGAUGGAGUCCAGCGGAGGUUUCAGAGUGGUUGUACGAGGACUCGGGGGAGAAAGUAGAGUACAUUCAGAUGGUGAGGCAGUCAGUGUUAACAGCAGAGUAGGCAUUUAGUGUUGAAAUAAAAGAGAGACAGAGAGAGGAAGUAUAUAAAGGCACGACUGAGAGGAAAAUGUCUGCCAGAUAAAAAUGAGAAUGGAUGUGCGGGCAAUAAAGUUUUAUUGCCUUUUCUGAGAUGUAAUUAUGGAGUGAAACAUUGUUUUUUCAUUGAGUUAUUUUUAUGUCCUUGUAGUCCACAAAUCCCCAAACAGCUUAACUGUACACACAGACCGAAAAAUCCUUUUUGUUGCAGGUUUUGUUUGUUUUUCAGUUUUCCCUCCACAUCCAUUUAAGCACUUACAAGAUGCUAACAACAAUUUCGCUGAGUGAAUCCCCCCCUCCUCUUCUUUUAGCAUUUCAUAAACACAUAAUUUGUCCCUUCGCCGUGUUUUCUAUCUACGCUCGCAGCAAUCAGAGAUGUUUUCCCGCUAAUGUGAUGCUGCGAGCGCCUCAAACGCUCUCUGAUCCGUCACAUCAGAAACAAAAGUUUCAGUGACGCAACUCGCUCCAGCUCUCUCCUGAUUUAUUUCUCUCCUCUCUUUCACUGCGCUCAGUUUGUUGCAAGGAGGCCUGUCAAACUGGCGUCUGAUGGGUUAUGAGUUUCUACUUUGUUUGCCAAAAGUUAAUUCUUGCUUUCGUGUUCAGCCAUUACCUGUUAUUUUCAUACCUUGGCGUGUAAGGAGACUUUUUCUUCCACUCACUGAAAUCAUUUGGAACGGGUGAUCAAAGCAGUGUUUGUUGAUUUUGCAGCUUUGCAGAGUCAGAGAUGUUUUCAGCACACAAGCUGUAUGGAUUUAAGCUCCCUCCCUUGUGUUUAUCAUGUGCAUGUGCGUAUUGCCAGGGGGUACAGGCAGAAAAAUCCUAUGUUAUUACAUUUUACCCUCCAUUCCACGUGUAUAAUUGUGGUUUGAAGUUAAUUUCUGUAUAUGCCGCUUCUGGUGUUAUCUCAGGUGAGAUUCGAAAGAUAAAUCGUAGCUUUCUCGUUGUUCGGUGCCAGAUAAUUGUCUUACUUCUACCGUCUUAAAUAACUAUGAGUUAUUUCAUGUCUCUGUCCGACCUUUAUUCUCAUCCAAAGACUUUAAAUGAUGGUUUUAUCUUCAUUUAUUCCUAUCUAUGGUCAUUUAAACAAGCACUUUGAACUUCUUCACUCCAUGACAUGAGCCUGUGAGCUCAGCUUGAGCUGCAGAGAUGUUUUCUCAACGUCUUGACUUGAAAUUUGUCUCGGUUUUCCACAGAAUUGUUUUUUCUUGCACUUAUCUCUCAUUAAGUCAUCUUAGAGGAUAUAGUGGGUUCACAACUGUCUUAGCUCUGCAGUCUUUGGAAGCAUAUGGCUCUUAUUAAAGUCAUGUUUCAGCAGAGAUCUCUGUUUCACUCAUAUUCCCUACUGAGACUCGGGGACAGCAGUUUGAGCAUCGGUAGAACUUGGAUUCAGGAUCUCGUCGAGGCUCUGGUAUCACAAUUCAUGAGAAACUCCAACUGAACUCGCCAUCCUCGGAGUCAAAGGUCCCGGUGUGUCACAAUUACAAAUAUUUUGGGGGGUAUCAGGUAGAAUCUGAGCUAAUAAAGCCUGAGGAUGAUUCAAUAUGAGACACAGACACUAACAUUUCAUCUGUGCAUCUGUCAAAACACUGCCACUCUGAGUUUUUGGUGGAAUAUAGUUAAAAAAUAAGACUUAGUUGAAUCAUUUUGAGUUACCUCACCAGGAAAACUAGUAUUUUAACUCCCUUUAAUGUAUUUUGACAGCUGUGGUUUCUUGCUGCUUUACAGAUGAGGAAUUAACGCACACGUUUGUAAAGCUUGUUGAAUAUAGUGGUCGGUAAGAGACCAAAGCAAAGACUCCAAAUGUGUUUGGCUUGAUAAUAAAGGGGCUCUUGUUUCAGAGGUUUAGAAGCUUAUUUUCUUUUUUAACUUUGCAGAUUGUUUUAAUGAAAUAGUCUUGAAGCAAAGAGAGAACAGUAAGAGGAAAUAUCAAGAAUAUUACAUAAAAUAUGGAAAUGUUUUUGAUGCACAACUUAGUUUUUCUUUUUUCUCACUUAUAACAGAAAAACUUUUUUAAUAACUUCGCCCUCCUUGUUUAGAGACCACUGAACUAGUUUACCAAUCGAUUCAUGCAUAACUAUCAGGUAUCUUACGAUGACAUAUUUAAUCAAUCAAAGCCUCUGUGAGGAACUUUUGGUUUGCCCCAAUUUUGGCGCCCCCUGUUGACAAAACAGACUAUCUUGACAUCUACAUAUUAAAGUUUAGUUUUCUGACAAAACCAUAUUUCUGACUUUUGAAAAUCCAUUGUAUCAUUAAUUGUGAAUAAUAUAUGUGGGAAAUAUAAAAACAGGGCUGUCUCUUCAGUUACUUUAUUGACACCUACCCCCUCACUAGGGAUGGGCGAUAAAUUAUCGUUCACAAUUUAUCGUCAGAAAUUUCCUCCAGGAUAAAUAUUUGCCAUCUCACGAUAAAUACAAUAAAUGCAAGUUGAUGACGUAAGCGUGAGCGUCGGACUUGCAGCCGUAGCCCACACAGUGCAGAAUAACAAACAAACAUGACUGAAGGUGGUGAAGAGGAUGUUUCUGAGCAGCUCACUGAUAAACAAGGGAUUUCCUUCAAGACUGGGACUUAGACGAGUGCAACCAGGUAUGCCUGACAUCAGACAGUGGAUCUGCACACUCUGUUCCAUCUGUGCAAGAAGAGACAUUUCACUAGUUUUCUCUAUAACCUACCACUGUAGUUAAGUAUCUUAUUUGACUAUGCCAACUGGUGUCCUCAAGACAGAAUAAGUCAAAAACAUGGAUAGGAAUUAUAAUGUAUUUUAUCUGGACUUUUACCGUUACCACCAGAAUGGCAAAACUCGUGAUACAUUUUUUAGCCCAUAUCGCCCAUCCCUACCCCCCACUCUGGUUUCAGGCAUUAAAAAUCAAAGUAUAAAAGUCCUCAGUCAUGCAGCUGAUGAUCUUUUUUGCUUUUGGAAAUCCUAAAAAAGCAUCGAUAUGAAUUUUAUUCUAUUUCAGUAAAAAAGAGGAUUAACUCUGGCAGAGUUAGUUCUUGUGGCACAUGUAAACUCCUACUUUUGUAAAGUUUCAAAUGUUUGUGUCUACGAUAGUUUCUAUAUUGUUUCCGCUGCACCUUUAACUAAGAAUCCGAGUUCUGAUUUCACCACUUCUUCUAAUUGUUUGACUUAUUCUGGUAACUUCUGUCUUUAUCUUUUAGGGGAUGUUUAUAUCCAGCCAACUCAAGACACCAAGAACCCCGUCAUCUACGGAGUCUUCUCAGUUUCAGGGUGAGUGAUUGACAGCUUCCCAAACUCUCUGACUUUCAUGCAGUUUUGGAGGGAAGGUGUAUUUUGGGUUCCUCCUGCAGCUUUUUUAUUUCAUUUCCUCCCAGCCCGGAGGUGUCAGCUCUCUCUGAUAUUGAAAUGCUGUGUUGUGUGUAUGGCCUGUCAGAUCCAGGCUACAAAGCGAAAACAAGGCUGUGAACGUGGAGCCCAGAGGGAGCCUCACUCCUCUGGGACGCUGACAGAGCCUAUAGCUCCUCAUAGGUCAGGUUUGAUAGCAAGUUGUCAUUCAACACACGGUAUUAAAAUUCAGGCAGACGUGAAAAUUGAGACUCUUGACUGCACAUAAGCAGGGAGAGGUUUGCAGAUAGUCAUAAUAAAGAUAUCUUGAUUAAUGUAUUUGAGAAACAAACACUGUUAUUGUUUCCAUCCUGAUAAAAACACAUGCAGCGCUGAUUAUAGAGGCCCAUGACAGGAGUUACAAACAUAGUACACCCACCACCAGGGCUCUGGCGAUUCUCUGCAGAUUGUGGGUGUUUGUAUGUCAGUGUGUCAGACAGCUUGACUCGGUUCAAGUGUGUGUGUUUGUGCGUCAUAAUGCUUCUGAGCAUUUCUGUGUGAGUCUGAGUGAGUACGGGGGAAGGAAGUAGAUUCUAGCAGUCGUAGAAACGCGGAGAACAAACUAGAAGCAAUUAUGUCAGGGAACGGGUCAAGCUGUUGUCUCUGUGUGUUCAUCCUUUUCUCGUCUGCCCUCCUCCAGAUCUGUGUUUAAAGGCUCAGCAGUGUGCGUUUACUCCAUGGCCGACAUCCGCAUGGUGUUCAACGGCCCCUUCGCCCACAAGGAGGGGCCGAACUACCAGUGGGUGGCUUACACUGGGAAGAUCCCCUACCCACGACCUGGCACUGUGAGUUAUCAACAUCGAACAUUCCUAAUCAUAAUUACAUCUCAGUCACGCUUUUCACAAGAAUGGUUGUUUUUUUUUACAGUGUAAUAGCAGGUUUGAGAGCUGGGUCUGUUUUUUUUCACUAGUGUCCUGGAGGCACUUUCACCCCCAACAUGAAAUCCACAAAGGAUUAUCCAGAUGAGGUUAUCAACUUCAUGAGAAACCACCCUACCAUGUACAACGCCGUUUAUCCGGUGCACAAGCGCCCCCUGGUGGUUAGAACCAACGUGGAUUAUGAGUUCACAACAAUUGCUGUGGAUCAGGUUGCAGCUGCUGAUGGAAACUAUGAAGUGCUUUUCCUGGGCACAGGUCAGUUAUUAACCAAACAACAGUUUCAUGAUAUGUCUUGAAUUUUGUGUUUAGUUUUGGUGAAAAAAAAACAAAUCCUUCAGCCUUUAAACCCAUGUAGAGAAUCUGCUGGGCAUUGGUUAUAUUAGCCAUAUCCAGUAUUUAACAGGUGUAAGAAAUAAAAUGUGCUCAUCAUGAAAGGAGAGCUCUACAUGUCGUUCCUCUCUUGUGUUUUGUAGAUCGGGGGUCUGUCCAGAAAGUGAUCGUCCUGCCUAGAGACGACCUGCAGACAGAGGAGCUGGUCUUGGAGGAGGUGGAGGUCUUUAAGGUGUGAUUGCGCUCUUGUUUUUAUCAUUUCUGUAUUUUUGUUUCAUACUCUGUGAUGUGACGUUUAAAGCUGCUGCUCUUUUUAUUGCUGCAGGUUCCGACACCCAUCACCACCAUGAAGAUUUCAUCAAAACGGGUAUGUUAUCGACCAAACAGUCAUAAAAGUUUCUGUGAGGAGAUUUUUUAACAUUGAUGAAACAGAAAGAAAUUCAAACUUUGGCUUUUCAUAGUAUACAAAAGUAAAUAAGACCAUCAGGUACAAGAUUGAUGAUUUGUAAGAGUGUAAUUUUUAAGUGCAAGAGAGUAGAUGUCAGCCAUGCAGCUUUAGAAACAACCUGAUUUUACAUUUUCCACAUUUAUUAUGCACAACUAUUGAUACAUUUGACUUUUUGACUAUUCAUGCAUAUACCCACCAAACAUCUGCGACGAAGAGACGUGCAGAUCAAGUCAGUGUUGGGUCGGUCCCUCAAAGACCACAUCUAGACGUCAGUGCGACGUGCAAAAUAGGUUAGAAAUUUCGACGUCCAAAUUGGACCUUUUUCAGACGUCUCUCUGACGUUCAGAAUUUGGACAUCACCUGAAGACCGAAUCGUCAUUAUUGGACCUCUUUUAGAUGUUGAAAUGAUAUCCACAUUUGUACCUCAUUAUCGAAAAAAUACAUUAAACAGAUGUCAUUUCGACGUCGCAUUGCGCAGUGGGUAGGGGAAGAAGAUAUGCAAAGAUAGCUUUAACCAUAGGGGGUGCAACAGAAGCUUUAAAAAGAGGGGAAGGUGAUAAAAACAGCCAAAUUUUCAAGAUGUAACACACAGUUAGGUAACUUUUUACAUUUCGUACACUUCUCUGCAGUCGUUAACAAAUUAAUUACAGUUGCUGUAUAGAAAAUAGAAAGUUCUAGUAAAGUGCUUUGUAAUCUAAUGUUAAUUGCAUCAACAUAAAGAAUAAAGUAGAUUAAUAGGUAACUAUUGAAGUUUUUCCAUGCUUAAUUUUCCAUCUUUGGGGGCAAUUUUACCAUCUCAGUACAACAAUAUUUUAUGUUACCAAAUACAUGACUUUAGUAGAGUACAGUAGAGAUGUCAUAAGACAACUACAACUGCGUUCUGAGCACAAAGGACCAAUGACUCGCUUUAUAAAUGUGUUUUCAGUGGAACAAACAGCUUGUAAAAUUUCCAUCUGCUUUCUUAUAUAUAUGCUUUUCUUAUAUAAUUUUAUUUUCUGAUCCUUACCUGUGUUUUUUUUUAUUAUUUAUUCAAAAGCAACAACUCUACGUGGGCUCAGUCUUGGGGGUGACCCACCUGGCCCUGCAUCGCUGUGAUGUGUACGGAGAGGCCUGUGCUGACUGCUGUCUGGCCAGAGAUCCGUACUGUGCCUGGGAUGGAAAAUCCUGCUCCAGAUACUCCAACUCUCAGAAGAGGUGAGGAUUAACGAAAAAAAGCUCUACUUUAGCAAAUUAAAUGUUCAGAAUAAGCUGAAGUUAAGCUUUUGAUUUUUGAUUGUUGAUCUGACCCCUCUAGACGGAGCCGUAGGCAGGAUGUGAAGUACGGAAACCCAAUCCGCCAGUGCAGAGGUUACAACUCAAACAGUAAGUAAUUAGUUCAAGUGUGUUUCUGUGUGAGUCUGAGUGAGUACAAUAAGUACAAUAAGUAGAAUAAGUAGUAAUACAAGUACAAACCCAGUUAAAGGCAUGAGUGACGAUUGGAGAAGCAGUUGAAAAAAACUGAGCCAUUAAGGUAGAGCAAGAAACUGGCCUGCAGAAGAUCCUACGCUCGCUUCAAAUAGGAUUCAAAAUAUCAGAUUGCAAGUGACUAGCGGCAGUAAACAGUGGGAGGGGACGAGUCAGAAAUAUUGAAGAGGGGUGUGUCAAAUACAGCGAGGUGAUUGGAUGGAGAGGCAGAGCAUGAGAUUGACCAAUAGGAGCUGUACGUGACGGAUUGCUCACAUUGGUCAAUGUUUUUGCAGCUCUGCACCUGCUUGGGUGAACAGAUUUUUUCCAUUCUUUUCUCUCUUCAUUUUGUGGAGAUCGCACUUUAGGACCACGAUCGCCAAAUAAACGCGGUUCAUAAUAAUUACCAAUCUCUCCAAUCGUCAACCAUGCCUUUAAGCCGGGAAUGUUGCCCCACUGUCACUCCUUUGUUUUAUAGACAGUAACAUAAGUUAUAUAUUGUUUCACAGCUAAUAAGAAUACCUUGGAGUCAGUUCAGUAUGGGGUGGAGGGCAGCACUACGUUCCUGGAGUGUCAGGCCAGGUCUCCUCACAUGUCUCUAAAGUGGCACCUGCAGAAGGAAAACAGUGACCGGAGGAAAGAGGUGAGCAAACAGUCACAAAGUCUGCUGUCUUUAAAGUUGAAAAAGAGGAAAGAUAAGACAGAUUAAUCGAUGAAAUACUGUUCUUCCAGAUCCGCUCAGAAGGCCGCAUCCUGAAAACAGAACAAGGACUCCUGAUCCGCUCUCUGCAGUCAUCCGACAGCGGCAUCUACCAGUGCACGUCCACCGAGAAGAACUUCAAACACACGCUCGUCAAACUGCAGCUCGUGGUCCUGUCCAGUCGCACAGUCAACAACGUGUUGGUGGAAACGGGCAGCCCGGCGCUCCCUCCGCUGCAGUCUAGUGCCUGGACACCGAGUGUGGGUCAGUAUAAAGACCUGCUGACCAUCCUGAGCCAACCAGAGAUGGGUCUGAUCAACCAGUACUGCCAGGACUACUGGCAGCUCGGGGAGGGCAGCCUCGGGGACAGCAAAGCCAAAAGCCUGAAGGAGCUGAAGGAGCAGAAGAAACCCCGAAACCGCCGGCAUCAUGAUGAGCAAACGACUCCGGCUGAGACAUGAGGAGCUGGAGUUCCACCUAAUCACACUCAAACACCACCUGUCUACCUUCUCACGCCUCCUCCUGAACACUGCUACCCUCCAUUUAGGGGAAAGACUCCAGAUAGAAAAAUAAAGUUAUCAUUACGGACAACUGCAACCUAAAGCGACAGCAUCAUACAGGAAAAAAAAGUACACAAUAUUUAUUGUAGGUUGUAAAAAGUAAUUCUUUGUACCUAUCUAGAAAACAUGUUUUUUGUGAAUAGGUAAAUCUGUGCAAAUAUUGUUGUUAUUAUAAUAUUAUUGUUAGUGUUCAUGUUUAUUACAAUGUGUUAUUAUGUUGAGAAUAUCUUUAUGUUUGGUGUUUUUGAGAAACAGCAACAAUAACCCAGGAUGCUGGGAGUAUCCACAACAUGGGCGAGGACAGGAACUGUUUGAGGCGGCCAUGUUGGAUCACAUGAUUCUUGGCGGUGUUCACUGUCAAAGCUGGGAGUGGAGAUAGACUUCCUUUAACAUCUUCACCUGAACUCUUCACGAUAUAGCAGACUGUUUUUAUUUUUCGUUUUUGUAUUUUAACUGCGAGAUACGAGCUGCUGAAAGAGUGAUCGCUGCAUUUCUGAGGACAUACGUGGAUAAAGGAAAUGCCCACUGACCGCAGCUGUGACGGACUGUCACGUUUAUACAGUCACAUGUUAACUAAAGUUACCUGUGUGGGAGGUAAGACGUCUCCUUUUUGUUGUGGUCCAGCCUGGAUUCAAGUAACAAUGGUACAUCACACAAAUUCUUCCAAAAUCUGUUGCUGCCAAGUGUUUGUUUGUUUCUAUGUGAAUAUCACAUCUCAAUGUUGUAUCCUAAACAAGUGUGACCUUUGUGAUAAGCUGUUUUUUGUUUUUUUUUUCCUUUUUUUUCGGGGAAAGGGUUUUUUGAUGACACACAAAAGCUGAAAAUAUAACAUUGCCUUGUCUUUUCUUUUCAGAGAAAAGAAAUUCCAGCAGGCAGCUAUAUGUGAGUUUGUGACAGUUUGUGACAACAACAACAACAAAAAAGAGACAAGCACCUUCUGUUGCCAAAUUAGUAACCCUGAUAGACAGUAAAUACCAUAAUUAAUAUGUUUCUGUGGCAUUUGCAGUGUAUUUGUUUUGGGCAACUAGUCUGUGUUCUCAGAGCAGGGGCGCAUCCAGGGGGGGAGUGGGCUGGCAUUGUCCCACCUCAAAAAUUGAUUUACCGCACCUAGAUAAUGAAUUCUGAUUGGUUAUUUGUCCAGUCUGAGGCAGGAUUAACUUCAGACCAUCUGAUUAGUACGAAAGAGGAUUAGGGCCACAUGAAGAGAAAAAAAAAAUAACAGGGACAAGAUUAAAGUCGAAAUUUCAAGAUUAUAGUUGAAAUUUCUAGAUUAAAGCUGUCAAAAUUUCGUGAAUUAAUUCGAAAUUCUGAGAAUUAAAUCGAAAUUACAAGAUUAAAGACGAUGCAAAUAAAGAUUAAAUUUCAUGAAUAAAGUCGUAAUGAUGAGAUUAAUGAUAAUGAAUCAAGAGCAUUGUCAUUUGUCACUCGGCAACAUGUCUUCUGUAGAAGAGUUAAUAAAGCUUUACUUUAGAAUUGGAUUUAGUAACAAGGAAAUCCUCGCUCUUUUAGCACACAAACACAGUGUGGUCAUAAGUAUACAGACUCUGAAAAGACUGUGCCGAAGAUUAUGAUGCAGAUGCAGGGUUAUCGAUGGCUAUUUAAUGAGGCUAUGUUGUAGAUACAAUAAGACGACUGAUCAAGUUGAUUGAUCCUGAAGGCAUGGAGCACAGACGAGCCUGGCGUCUGAGGCGCAGGCAUUACCGAAGCCGAUGACCUAAUGCAGCAAAGGGAUGGCUACGACAAAUUUAAGCCAUACGGCAUUUCGACUUUUUAAAUUUUUGACUUUAAUCUCAAAAUGGAAAUUAAAAAAUCUCCCUCCUGUAAUUAUUAUUUUCUUUUCUUGUGGCCCUAAUCCUCUAAUCUCUUGUAGAUUAGGGAUAUAUCGAUCUUUAUGUUGAUAACUAUUAAAACUACUACACAGAAAUGUAACAACUGGAUGAUAUAAUAACAUUAGCAUUUACGGUAAAUAGUACAAGUGAAUAUAGUAAGUUAAUGCAAUUUGAGCAUUUGUACAUGCGCCUGCAUACUUUAGGCCACCCUGAACCACAGGUGGGCCGCCCCCUUCAAAAAGUGUCUUUUUUUAGCUCUUAUAGUGUCAGAGGUUUGCAUUCCUGUCAGUUUUACGCUAAAUAACCGUUUCAGUGAAAGCAAGUGAAUACUAACCAUGCAAUAAGUCUGCCACAGUACGCAUACAUACCACUUCGAUUGGUGCUUGUAAACAACGGCGCUCUCACUGCUACUGUGCAGUGCCAUCCUGCCAACAUACGUGCCACAGACUUCAUAUUGAGCAACUUCCGCACAGUAAAUGCUAAAAUAAAUGUAAAAACUGUCACACAAGUACAACCACUAAGAAGCUGUUCACCCAACCCUGAAGAGAAACAACAUAUGCUAAAAUCUUCAGAGGGUGACUUUUCAUUGUGCAUGGCAUGUACAGUGUAUGUAUAUGGUAUUCGUCUAAAACACUAUGUUGCUGUGGAUGUCAGUGAAUGUCUUUCUUGUUGUGGGAAUAUGGAAAAACUAUCAGUACAAGAAUGAGGUGCUGAGCCCCAUGAUUUAUUAUGGGACAAAGUCAGAUCAGAUUGUGGUUUUAAAUCUCUCUCUGUCUCUCCCACUCUCUCUCUCUCUCUCUCUCUCUCUCUCUCUUUAUGUUUCUCUCUCUCUUUGUGUGUCUCUUUUUCUCUUCUCGGCAGUUUUGCAUAUAAUUUCAAAUGUGCAACUUUUUUAUUUUGUCAGUUUGACGGACUUUGCUCUGGUUCAUUGAGUUAAGUAAUGUAUAAUAUAAUGCACAGUCGAUGUUAUUGUUAUGACUUGUAAAAAAUUACUAUCUUUUCUUCCUCAUCAAUGUUGCUGACUAAUAAAUUAAAGCUCUAUAUUUUAUAGUAACUGAA